CAAACCAAAAAUAAGGUUCUAAUAAGAUGCUUUAGAAGACGUGAUCUCAAACCCAGAAACAUGGUUCCAAAGGUGCUUUCAAAGAGUUGUUCUCAAACAAAAAAGGUUCAAAAGGUGCUUUCAAAAUGCUUGUUCUUAAACUCAGAAACAUGGUUCAGAAGGUGCUUUCCAAAGUAUGAUUUCAAAACAAAAAAAAAUUCUAAAAAGGUGCUUUUCAAAAACUUGAUCUCAAACCAAAAAAGGCUUGAAACGUGCUUAAAAAAUCUUUAUCUCAAACCAAAAAAGGCUUGAAAAGGUGCUUUCAAAAUCUUGAUCUCAAAAAAAGGCUUCAAAAAAAGGUGCUUUCAAAAUCUUUCUCAAACCAAAAAUCAAGGUCCAAAGGUGCUUUAAAAAACUUGAUCUCAAACCAAAAAUAAGGUUCUAAUAAGAUGCUUUAGAAGACGUGAUCUCAAACCCAGAAACAUGGUUCCAAAGGUGCUUUCAAAGAGUUGUUCUCAAACAAAAAGGUUCAAAACGUGCUUUCAAAGACUUGUUCUCAAACAAAAGGGUUUAAAAGGUGCUUUCAAAGACUUGUUCUCAAACCCAGAAACAUGGUUCAGAAAGUGCUUUUCAAGGUAUGAUUUCAAACAAAAGGUGCUUUCAAAAACUUGAUCUCAAACCAAAUUCAAGGUUCCCAAAUGUGCUUUAAAAGACUUUAUCUCAAACCCAGAAACAAGUUUCUGACAGGUGCUUUAAAAGACUUGUUCUCAAAAAAAGGCUUCAAAAAAAGGUGCUUUCAAAGACUUGUACUCAUACCAAAAAGGGCUCGAAAGUUGCUUUUCAAGGAUUGAUCGCAAACAAACAAAAAGGUUUGAAAGGUGCUUUCAAAGAUUUAAUUUAAAAAAAAAAAUUAAGGUGUUUUCAAAGCCUUAGUCUCAAACCAAAAAAGCUUCAAAAGGUGCUUUAAAAUACUUUACCUCAAACCCCAAAAAAGUUUUAAAAGUUGCUCCAAGGACUUGAUCUUAAACCCAAAAUACAAGGUCUAAAAAGGUGCUUAAAAAAACUGGUUCUUAAACAAGCAAAGACGGUAUGUUAAAAGUCUGCUCUCAAAAGGUCUGUCAAAGCAACUUCAGCAAAAUCACUAUCAACCAAAACCAAGUUUCAAAACUACCAACAUCGCAACAACCGUCAAAGUGCUUCCAAAGGAUCCAACGGAAACAACAACAAGACAGCAACGUUUGCAACACUAAACAGAACGAGGACAAUAAACAAACUGUGUAGAUCCUCCAACUGUUUUUGUUAACUUUAGUUUUUCUUAUUUUUAUUUAUUCUUUGUAUUUUUGUGAACCUUUGAAUCUCUGAAAUGGAAUCCUUGAACUGUGCUUGUCAUGAUCUGCAUGUGUUGUACUUUUUUUUUUUUUUUUUAAACUCAUUUAUUUUCUGUAUGUUUGGCCAUGUUUCUUUGGGUGCAUAUGUAUGUCUGCUUUCCUCCGAACAUAAGCAGGUCUGGCGAGGUGACCACUCUUUUCCUGGAGGAACUGUUGCUGCAGAAACUCAAAGUGCCGCCUUCCUGUUCCGUCUGGGAAAUCCAAGGGUGGUCAUCUUGUUGAAGGUAAGAUGAACUUUUUGACGUUAUGUUUUCACCAAAGUAACCACAAGAAAGCAUGUAAGAAACCAGGUCCUGCAUUCUGAUAACUUCAUCCAUAUUCAGUUUCAAACAGAUUUUCUAAUGCUGCACCUCACCUUCACUGUUUUUAAGUCGAGUAUUUUCUGCAUUUGUAUGUGUGUCUCUCUCCUUUUCCCCAACCAUCACAGAAGUGAGCAUCUGCAGUGUUGAACCUGGCAACCACCAACAUCUUCAGGAAGGAUCUAGAUCACCUCUAAAGAGACGAAGUCAGGUAUCCUUGUGCUGCAGGUAAGAUGAGACAGGGAACACCACUUAACACACUGUCCUAUUGUCACCCAAAAGUCUGAAUGCUUCAACUCCAGAAACAACUUUUCUCUGGUUAUUAAAUCGUUUUCACAAAGGUGCAAUGUGACGUGGGUGUGCCUCAGCUGUUCUCCCAAAGUUAAGGCCCACUUGAGCUCGAUCUUUGCCUGUUUUUAUGUUGAUAACAUGUAAGGCUGGGUCAGUGUUUCCAAUGUUGUGACUGUAACCUCUCUUCAAAAACCAGUAGGUGAAUGUCUCUAUUGAAACACAACAGCUGAAACAGUCACAAUACUCUGAUGCAAAGAUGCAACAACACAAGGUUCAAUGAUCAAAAACACAACAAACCAAAAACAAGGUUUAAAAGGUGUUUUCAGCUAAACAACCACAAACCAACAAGGUUCACAACGAUGCGUUCAAAGACAAUAUGGAAACGGACAACAAGGUUCAUGAGGUGUUUUCAGGGACAUGAUGGUAACACAAACAAGGUUUAAAUGGUGCUUUCAAGGACCCAACAACAAGGUUUAAAUGGUGCUUUCAAUGACAAAAGGGCAAAUCAACAAGGUUUAAAUGGUGCCCACAGGGACGCAAUGGUAAUACAAGGUUUAGAUGCUGCUUUCAAUGACAAAAGGGAAAACCACCAACAAGGUGCAAAAGGUGGUUUUAACUCAAAAGCUUAACAACAGUCUAAAAUCAAGAAAUGCUGAAAAAACUAAAUCAAAAUCAAACCAAAAAAAGAAAAUUCACAACCAACCGGAGAAUAGUUCAGCAUCACUCAAGGUUAAAAGGGUUUUAUGACUUUAAAAAGGUUAUUUCUGUUUUCAUGAAACUUGGUUAGCAUGAAAAUGUCAAAAAAAUGUCAGUUGCAAGUUUUUCAAAUACUUGCUGAGCCCACCACUAAAACAACAAAAUCCAAAAAGCAAAACAAAAACUCUUAAGGAAACAACAAAUCAGCGAAGUUCACUCAGUUCUCAAAAAGGAAACCAACUCAACAAGGACAACCUCAACAUCAACUACAACUUCAGGCCUCACCAUCUCCUCUGCAGCUUCAACUAACAUGAGGGGGACAAUGAAGUGUUAUCAUAAAAUGUAAUUUUGUUUGUUUUUUUUAGGGUUUUUUUUUUGUUUGUUUCUGUCUUUUUGACCCUCCAGUCUCUGUAAAAAUCUAAGAUGUUUGUUUUCUUUCCUUUUUUUUUUUUUUUUUUUGUGGGGUUUUCUUUUUUUUGUUGUUUUGUUUCUUUUUGACCCUCCAGUCUCUGUGAAAAUCUGAAAUCUGUACUUGUGGUUUUUUGUGUCCUGUUAUUCUGUACGAGGUUUUUAUACCUCCCUUUGGCUGCACAUGUAUGUCUCUGCUUUUCCCCUAAACAUGAUGGAGGUGUCGAGCCAUGGCGUUGGAUGUGCUGACCACCACAGGGUUCCACCAGGGAGGCUGCCCCACUUCGAUGUGCUGCUCCUCCAUCCAGACUGGGAAGUUUUUAAGAGUCACCGUCAAACUGAAGGUAUCUGAAGUUCUUUUUUAAUGAUUCUGAUAUCAUAUUUUUAUCUGAGAGUUCUUGUAUUUGUCUUCACUGGAGGUCCAAAACUCCAGCUUUUCUGGGGGUUUGUAUAUGCCCGAGAGAAACUUGAUUUUAAAUCUGUCUGAAUCUUUUAAGUCUGUUUUCGAUGUAGUGACUCAUCUUUCUGCUUCUCCAAAAUCUAUUUUGUGUUGUUACAGAGUCUACAUCCAUGAAGACCCUGGCAGACCCCAUCACCUGCUGGACUCCGAGCCUCUGCACACUGGGUUACAGGUGAGCAUGGCGUACAGAUAUCACCACCUACAAAAGGAACCUGGUUUUAUCUGAUGCAUCCAGAUUUUCUAAUCUCUGCCAAUUUUAAUCUCUCCCAAACACCAGUGGUUUGCCCACUUUGAGGGACGGAUCUUCUUCAUUCUGGACCCCUUAACUGAAGUCUGCACCAGCACAGAAACCUGCCCCUUGACACCAUCGGACUCUACCAGAUGCCGUGGGCGCCAUCCCCAAGGAACCGGUACAUUAAACAGAGAAUGAUUCACUUGUAGGUUAAAGACUGUGCCGGUCUUGCUUGGUCUUGCUUGUUUCAGUCAAAGUUUUAUGGUGAUAAAUUGAUGUUAACAGUCCACUAACUGGAAUCCCUGUCUGCCUUCUGUAGUCACCACCCUGCAGGCGGACUUCCUGUCUCACUGUGAGCCCGUAGACCUUCAACCUCUUCCAGAAAACCCUUACUCAGGACAUGGUGAGUGCGCUUUUCUCUUUCAGGCGCUACUUUGAGGAGCACACAUGAGCAGCUUUCUUAAAUCCUUCGAACAGAUGAGUCCGUUAAGAUGAUGAUAGUUGGAUGUUUUUACUCGAUGGGCACAGAUAAACCCCCACAACCCAUGAAGAGUGCAAGCUUUGCUAUGUCACUGUCACUUUAUAGAUCUCCUCCACCUUUAUAUCGCUGACAUUAUCAGUAUUAUUGACAUUAUAGGAUUAUCACUGAGACCUUUUCUGACUGAUAGAAAACUAAAUGAAAACGAGGCAGAAUAUUCACUCAUGACAGUUUUCUUCAUUUACAGGAGGAUACUCGAGUCUCGACUGAGGACCCAGUGAUGAAGAUGGAUGACCUGUCUGUGACACAAGGGUCAUAGAGGAUAGUUCUGUACUGAUGAAUCUAUUAUAAAUUAUUCAUCUGUUUGACCAGAUGAUGUGUUGUUAAACUUGCUAACAUUUGAGUUUCUUUGGUGCAAACCUGUAAGAUCAACAGCUAGUAGAGUCUUCUUACAAUUGUAACCAGGUGGUUUUUGUGUUGUACUGAAUUUGAUUUCUCAUUAUAUUUAUAAAACUAAAUGUUUAAUCUGAGCUUCAUUUAUGGCUUAAACUUUGUUAAAUGGAGGCUGAAACUGUGACAGCAUGUAGAGAGCUUUUUGUCCACUGGGGUUUUUUCCCUUCAAUAUUUUUCCCCAGCUGGUUUUUCAUCUCUACCUCCACCAAACUCACUCUGUACACAAAGCUUGUCUUAAAUUUCAUCUUUUUGGAUGCACAUAUUCUAUUUUGCUCAUAUUGCUUUGUCUUUAUUUUGUUCAUUUUUCUGUCAUGCUUUAUUCCUCUCUCUGCUCCAUGUUUUUUUGCAUUUGUAUUACACAUAUAACUAACUUUUCACAUAUUUUGUCUGAGUCAAUAACUCUCUGACAGUGAAAUACCGUGAUUGUGUUUGGUAAAACUUGUCAACUUGCCUCUGUUUUUAAAUAAAGUUUUGUUUAAAUGGAAUCAAAAACUUUUCUCUGGAGGUCAGUUUUUUAUUUUGAUAACAUGCACAGUAGGUUAGAAAGUUUUAAAAUCAGACGUUUCUCACUUCAGUUCAACUGAAGUGAGAAACAGCACUGCCAGUCGAGCAGCCAGCGAACGAGGGACUGCAUGCAUCGGCACCUGUGCUGAACGAAUCACGCUUUGAACUACACUCUGGAAUUAUUUUUGUCAGACAAAACGACUUUUUUUGUUCUUCUUACUGCUUAAUUGCCACCACAACAACUUGCAUACAAUAGGACACAGCAUGUAACAAGUCGUGCAUUAAACCUGCAGCAUCCUAUCAUCGCAGCGGUUUGCGAGGGAACGGUGCAUGUUCAGUUUGAAUUCUUCUAAACGUUCAGUGAACGAAUCACUCACUGAGCCCAAUUUACUGAGCAGACCUGAUAAAUAGCAUACCAUAGAACAGUACACAUCAUGACUCAUAAACAAGUUCAUUUUUACAAACCUGAAGCUAUGUAUUGAACUGAAUCCUGAACUGUUCAGCUGUGUAUCAGUUCAGAAGAUCGUAGUCGCAGACUUCUCCCGCUAAACUAUUCGGUGAUUUGGUGAACGAAUCUUUUUAGUGAACUGAUUCUAGUGAUUCAGUACAUGUAAAAGAACUGCCAUGCCCACCACUAAUUGAAAUCUGAUCCUGUCCUGCUUGGUGGCAGACCCAAACCCAAAAAUUUAACUCUAUUACUUUCAUAUUAUUCUUACUUUUGCUAACUUAUCUUCGCCUACCUCUAUUGUAACUCUGUUUGAGGCACCUUCCGAAGUUCAACUUUUAUUUGCCUUUUUCUUAAACAAGUGCAAUAAUAUUAGCUACCAUAAGGUGGAGCUGCAUAACCAGUAAUGAGGCUGUAACCUCCCUGGUUUACCUGUCAAUCUGCAUACAGCAACAGGCAGGCAAAAUUAAGAGGUUACACAACCCUGAAGACCAGCCAAAAUGUCAUUUUUUGAAUCUCCUUUUGGUGUAACUUUAUGUUUUUCAUAUUGUUUUUAUUUUGUCAUUAACACACCCAAGUUUUCCUAUACUGAUUUCUACUUCGCCUUUUGGACACGUCCUGUUUUAUCAGGGGUUAAUUUCCUUUCAUUUCUUCAAUAUCUACUGUGUUAGAGGUAGUUGCUUCAGCGUAAUGCCGUCUGCUCCCCUUUUCUCUCAUGUUCACACAUAGCUACACCAAAACAAACAACACAACAACAACAACAACAGGAAGCAGGUUGCAACCAUAGCAACGGCACCGGUGCGCUGUUCUCCUUAAAGUGGUGUGGAUGGAAAGCAGAGGGCUUCUGCUGCUUUGAACUCCACACUCCUGCCUCCCCCGCCGCCGCCCUGUCUCUCCAGCCCCGAGGUACUGGGAGUGUCCAUCUGCGUGUCUGCCUGUUCGUUUCUCUCUUUGCCUGCAUGUGAUGGACGAGGCAGAGGACAGCGAGGAGGAGCCCAAAUUCCAGCGUCUUCGACCAGCACCCCAACUACCCGAGGAUGGUGGGAGCGGCGGAGGAACCACGAUGGAGAAAUUAACGCCAGGAGGCGGGGCCGCGUCCGCCGCGCGCAAAAACUCCAACAACAAUGAGCUGUGGCUCCUGGCAGACGAGGACUCCACACCUGUCAGUGUCAGUGGCAGCAGAGCCUGUGCUCUGCUGUGCCAGAGGGCUGCUGUUUCUGCUGGCGGCGCACAGUCUGGAGAGACAGUCUCAGAGGCAGACGCGAGGAGAGAAGUAGCCAUCGGAAUGAUAUGCAACAAAAACGGAGAUUGUAGAAGGGACCCGACCAGUUCAGGGAGCCUCUCCUCUCUCAUCUCCAAGCAGGAGAGGCAAGCAGAUGGAGGAGUAGUGGGGGAGGAUUGUAAGGGGCAGGCUGCAAUCAUGGAUGGCUCCAUCACCUCAGCGGGGUCCCUAAAUCAGGGGCCCGGGGCCGAGGUCAAGAGCGCGAUGGAGAAAAAGGACUCCAGAGUCUCCUUCUCCAACGCCCCAGCAAGUAAAGGACAGACUCCAAGUCAGCAGUCGAGGAACUCUGUGACAUUCUCCAAAGCUGAGGAUGGCUCCCAGAUCGUGCCGGAUGAUGGAGACUCCAGGGGGAAUCAGACGUACAUGCAGCGGCAGUUCAGCUCCAUGCUUCAGCCCGGGGUGAACAAGUUCUCCCUGCGCAUGUUUGGCAGCCAAAAGGCUGUGGAGAAGGAACAAGAGCGCGUCAAGUCAGCGGGUAACUGGAUUAUCCACCCAUACAGCGACUUCAGGUAUGGGUCAAACUGAGUUAAGUUUAUGAGCAGUUCUUGGAAUAGCUGUAUACCGCAAUUCUCCGCAUAUAAAACCAGCAAACCCAAGUAUAACCGACAUUUAUUCUGCGCAGUCAUCUGGGGGAAAGACUGGAAACUUUCAGGGGCGCCGAAAGACUGAAAAUGGUCUUCGGAAACCAAAUCUAUUAAACUUGUACACAUGGAGGCGUAUAAGACUCAUUCAAACGUAGAAUCUUUCAUUUUAAGUGACUACUUUUUUAUUUUCAGGAUCAGUGAUUUGAUAUUGGCGACUUUGUAAGACAUCUGUGUUAAAGUCUGACUUUCACUUGCAUACAUUACGAAAAAAUGCAAAUUAUUGUUGUUUUUUUUUACAAGCAACUCGUCUGACCAUCACUUUACUUAUUGACUUUUAAGCAUGUUACCAGUUGGACAAAUUACAGUGUAUAGGGUUUAAAAGUGUCCUAACAUCUGUUUCAGUACCAAGGAGAGCUCCUUUUUGUUAUUUCUCCAUAAAAGACAAUUGAACUUUUUGAACCCUUGUGCCUUUUUGCUUUUAAAAUGCUCUGUAAUUGAAGAAUGGUGUGUGUUUUAGAGAGGGAAUAAUUUCAACGAACAUUUAAAAGUUUGCAGUAGCAAAUUUUCCGAGUCAGGUUAUGACUCAGCAACACUUUUUGAUCCUUUCCUCCCACUUAACUGAUUUGACAGCGGAAGAGCUUGAACUCUCAAAUUGAUCCAGACAAAAGCACACAGGGCUGCCACUUAGGAAUCAUUUUGUAAAAAAAUUAUCUGCCAGUUACUUUUUUGGUGAAUUUUAGAAAAUGGUAGUAUUGCAACUGUAGAUUUUCUUCUGUAGAUGGCUCAGAGAAAUAACAGCAAAUCAUUACUAAUAGGGUGAACUGGAAACACAGUGUGUUAGAUAUUUUUGCCUGUUGGUUGAUAGAUUAUAAAACAGCUGAGUAAUAAGUGCGAAGACAUCUCCUGGAUGAGGUUCAGUGUCACGGGUGUCUGUGUCCUUCGAUUUUGGGAUAAAUAUGCACCCAGCUUAUAUGUCAUGCAACAUCCCUGUGUGUCUGCUUGCCCUUGACUUUGCUGCGGCUUGUACAAGAGGUAUAAGUUACCUCACCAAGACAGGAUCCAUUGUAUGCAAUGAAAAAAAUAGAAGGUCUUAGUAUGAGGAGGGAAGCUCAAAUAGACCCCUCUUAGUCUCUAACCUUCCUCUCUUUGCUGAUUUCUCUCCAUCAGGUUUUACUGGGACUUCACCAUGCUCAUGUUCAUGGUGGGCAACUUGAUCAUCAUCCCAGUAGGCAUCACUUUCUUCAAAGACGAGACCACCACGCCCUGGAUCAUCUUCAACGUUGUAUCUGACACCUUCUUCCUCAUGGACCUGGUGCUGAACUUCAGGACAGGCAUCGUGUUUGAGGACAACACCGAGAUCAUUUUAGACCCCGAGAAGAUAAAGAAGAAGUACCUGAAGACCUGGUUUGUGGUGGACUUUGUCUCCUCCAUACCCGUGGAUUAUAUCUUCCUCAUUGUGGAGAAGGGCAUCGAUUCAGAGGUGUACAAGACAGCCCGAGCUCUCCGCAUCGUACGUUUUACAAAGAUCCUCAGUCUGCUGCGGCUGCUGAGGCUGUCCAGACUCAUCCGAUAUAUCCACCAGUGGGAGGAGGUAAGCUGGAAAAUAAUCCGGACAGUGAUUAAUCUGCUUUGUUUAUUAAGUAAGCGGAAUACAUGCUGUUAAUGGUGACAGAGUCAUGCUGCAGUGGUACAGGAAAUGAGCCAAAAACACAGAAGAAGCCGAGCAAAGCAUUAAUCUGGACAAUAUAUAUCAGCUAGUUUACUAGAAAUGUAUUGUGUUGAAUUUGAACAGUCAGGAAUUGCUUCUGGUUUUUAAAGAUGAACGAUAAAAGUCUAAAUGUAUUUAUUUUAGUUAUUGUGAAAGCCCAUGAAAGAGGACAACUCUAACUGAGUGAUAUUUAUAUUUUCUUUAAACCAGAAAUCUAGUCGAGCUUCAAAAAUCCAGAACAGGCCAUAUGAGAUCAUUUUUGUUUCCUUGCCAGACAAAAUUCCUCAAAUUUCUUCAAUAUUCAAGUCGACUUCAAAAAGUAAUUUAAGGUUCCUCUCAAAAAGAGUUGGUUCAAUGAUUGAGUAGCAUACUUAUUUUCAUCCUGAUACAUUUUUAAGCUCUGAAAAAAAGGACUGCCGGACAGUUAAUGGGUGUGCAAAAGUUUGUGUUUACUUCUCAGCUACUACCCACAAAGAUUUCUGCCAAGUCUAAUUUUCUAUGCUGUGGUGAUGAAUAUCUUCAAGCUUUACCACAAUAUAGAAUAUAAAUUUGUUUCUUCUUAAAACUGACGUGUAAAAACAUCAUAUGACAUGCAUCUGUGAAAACACUCACCUAUCACAUAGACAUGGACAACAUGGCAGGGACUAAUCAAAAACACUUGUCAGGGGAAGAGGUAUGUUCUUAAGAAACUUUACAUGUUUGUGAUCUGGUAUGAAUUGCUUACACAUGACGAGGAUCUGUCACAAAAUUUACUGGGUACUUCCUUGACCCGUGCCAAACCUGUCUGCCAAGUAUCCUGGAAACCCGGCCUUGAUAUUUCCCCCACUCUGCAGAUAAACAGACCAAACACAUAACCUCCUUGGCAGAGGUAAAAAGAGAAACUAGACAGUCUGCGCUUUAAUUAAUAAAGCAGUAUUGGAUUCAGAGCAGCAGUUUAUAUCAGUAUGCAUGUAAUUCUGUUUGUACGUUCAAAACAAUCCUCCCCUGUAUAAUUACUCACUGACACACAAAAAAAGGAGGUUUCACCAUGUUGUGUAACGAGGAGCCUGAUUGCUUGAUAAUACCUCACCAUAACCCAGUGUGUUAGUGCAGUAAGGGAUUCAAUGAAAUAUUUAUUUGGGCUUAUCAGAGGGGAAGUAGAAAGGGAUUUUCCAAGGAACUACAAGAACCACCAGGAUAUUGAUCUACUUUUUUAACAUUUCAUUUACAGGAAAUUCCCUAAAGUUCUUUAGAUUAAGGCUUUUCAUCCAAUCAAAAUAUCAAACAAUUGGAAAUGGACGCUCAAAGACUAGCUAAUGCAAGUACACUGCUUUCUGAUAACAUUACACAUCAGGAAAUAAGGUUUGUCUAUAGAUAGCUGCACUAUCCAUAAUGUACUUCUGUGGCACACAAACACAAUUAACCCCUUGCCUUCCUGUGUGCAUGCACUUGUGAGUACGAACUGUGAUUCCUUAUUUGGACUAACCCAGCAUCCAUGAAUGAACGUUGUGUGAUUCCUUGCUCUGAAAAUAACCACCACACGUCUGAUUACAGAGUGGUAAUUCAGGCCUGAUGAGAUCCCAGAUUACUGAGUCAAAUAUUCACAACCGAACGCUCCUUUGCUCUGACUCAGUCCUACGCUGAUCAGCUUAGUCCUGAGCUCUGCUCCGCUCAGCAUGAUCCAAACCCGGCUAGCUGUGUGUUUCACUUCUGCCUGGAUCAGCUCAGCUCGGCUCAGCUUAGCUUAGCUUAGCUCAGCUCGUUCCCCAAGGGGUUUCCCUAAAGAUCAUCUUAGUGUGGUGAUGAUUUCGCUGUUUAUCACAGCUAUGAGCCAAGCAAAUAGAGGAUACUGCUUUACAACCGUGCUCUUAAUUGUAAUUGAAUGAGCAGUGUGUGAGUUGACAUUAUCUUUGAAUAAAUUGAUGUGUGUGUUUGUUAUGCGACCAAAACAGGAGCAGAGAUAAGAGUUGUCAGAGUAAUUUCCUGGUAGAGGAAGCUCAUAUCAGGGCUCUUCACUCCCUCAAAGGAUGCCUUUUACGGGAGCUACACAGUGACGGUGAAUGAAGGGAGUAUAUGCAUGAGCAGUGGGGAUUAAACUCACCAGGUUCAACAGCUUUCCCCAAAUAACUUUAUUGAAACUGUCUGGAUCACGGUGUAUUUAACCAUCUGCAGUAGAAUAGAAAGUACUCCAUCAAGGCUGUGAGUUGUGGUUUUGGUAAUGUGGCUUGACCCAGAUAGUGGUGUGACAGUGACACAUAGCCAGGUGCUGUUCUGGUGUCAGGGGGGAACAUUAGUCCUGGAGCCUCAUUAAUCAUGAUGGGGAUGCUUCCUAAUCACAGGGCAGGGCCUCACAGCGUGUUUAUAUUUCACCCACACCAAAUUAGCCCAGACCAUUAGCCGGUAUAAGAAAUGCUUAAGCAGUAUCGAGAUUGGCUAUUUUGGGGUUUGGACUGAAUAAAAUUAUAGUCAAAGCUCAUUUAAAUGUAAAAUCAAAACCAUUCCACUUGUUGUACAUUAAAAAACAAACAAUUCCCUCUGGUUGUUAGCCUUGUAUUAGGAAUGUUGAAGUAGCUGAUCUAUAACCUUAAUAGUUGGCACAGACAUGGAGGUAAAGAGACAGAAGAGGUCAGCGAUUUAUGGAGAUUAUAUUUAAAGAUUUGAAAAUGAACAAUAAAAUCUGAAAUUGAAUCCUAAAGCCAGAAUGAGGGUAAUGUGUUAAUGUGUGAGAGAUGAGCCGCAGCAUUUUGGACUGACUGUAGGUUUGCAAGGGAGGCCUUAACAACAAAUUGAAGUGCAUUAGAGUUAUCCUUGCUGGCUGACAUAAAGGCAGGUUUAAUGCGGAGUAAUCUGGUGUGAAAACAAUCUUAAUCCCAAAUAAAAAGCCUCAGAUGGUCACUGGAUUUAACAAGUUUUUACUUUAUCCCAUUUAAAACCACUUGCCAAUGUGAUGCCAGGUCCAUAAAAGGGACCUCACAGGCACCACAGUGUCCAUGCAGCGUGACUUUGGUUUUACUUUCAUUAAACUGCCAUUAAACUGGACUGUAAUGUCUUAAGACACUCCAGCACAUGUACCAAGGAGCUGCCAUCAUUUCUUUGUUGGGGGGGAGGUAAAUUGGUAAGGGAUCCUCUUAAGGGCCUGUGUCUGCUGUGGGGUUUUUACACUGGCAUUGCCUUUUUACUCUGAUUAUUAAGUCAAAGCAGUUCAGCCUUUUCGGGACUUAGCUAAGUGCAAAAUCACCCAGAGUGUCAGCUGCUUUUUGUUGUUGUAUUCACAGCUCUCUCAGCUGAAAAAAGUUCAAUUGUAAGAACAUGACUAAGGUUGUCAAUGUCACUUCUGCCUUACCGGCCAAUCAAAAUCAAGCUGGGUUUAAACGUCUCAUAUCAACUUUGUCAACAAUGAUGGAGAAGAAUAUAUGUUUUUUGUUUUUUCACUCAGUGGUACAGUAGUUUGGUCUGAAACUGCUGUUAAUGCCAGGACACAAGUCUUUUCUGUGUUAUUUAUUUAUUUUCUCAGAGUUUCUGUGUGAAACUCCCACCUUGUGUGGAUUUUGGUGCCCCCUGUAGACAAAGUGAUCUAUGCAGAUUUUGUUCUAUGCAUGUGUGAUUAUUAUUUUUGACCAAAAAUCUCACCCUGAACUCUUUUUGCAGUAAAAAGUCUAACUUUUUGGUAAUUUGUGGAUUGUGUAAAAAAAGGUUGCAUCAGCAGCAUUUAUCACUUGCUCUGACACUAGUGGUUUCAGACUUUAAAAAAGUUUGUUUUAAAGCUUAAAGAAAAUGCAAAUAAUAAGAAAUGUAAGACACACUCAAAACGAAAAAAAAAAGGACAGCAGAAGUGCCGUGGGCUGACUUUAACCUAUAGCAAGCAAUAAGUGUCAGCGAAAAGUGCUCUGAUAUCAGGAUCAUGUGGGCUGCCAGUGCUGGAAUUGAAGUCAGUGGACAGAGGGCUUAAAGGAGUCUUAAGGUGGUAAGCGAUGUCAUGGUUUUUAUAAAAAUGUCCCAGAGGGAUAAGGUAAAGAAAUAAGAGAAUGGACCCACUGAUUAAACCUUGGGGCUAGAAGGGUAGAUGAAGAGUGCAAGAGUGUAAUGCAGAGUGUUCAAGUCUUACUAGUCGACAUCUCUAUUCACUGUAUGUUCAGUCAGAGAAUGCAGAGGAGUCAAAGUCUGUGUGAAUCAGCUUAGAAAGACCUGAAUCUAAUACGACACAUUUAUAUUUGAUACAUGACGGAUAAAGAGAGGAUGUUAAAAUGUUAUAGACUAUUUAAAGGGUUAAUUAUACAAAAAAAGGGACAAAGAUUUAUUUGAAUAGGGCAAAUGGAUCAAAACAAGGCCUAGUUUAAGAGGAUAGAGAAACGGGGAUAUAAUACAUGUGUGUUGGUCAGCUUGGAUGAAGGAAUAUGUUAAACAGGUUGGCUUUGUUUUGGCACUCUUAUCAACAAGGGACAUUGGCACCCCAGGGUUUCUCUAGGAGGCAGCUUUUGAAAUUCAAGAGAGCGCUGAGUUUAGGGCAGUGAGGUCUCUGAGGUGAAAGGAUGAGUCACUGAAAGUCCCGAAUUGGCUGCUCCCAAACUGUAAAUUCACAACAGCAGAUGCCUGUUCACGUCUCCAGACACACAUACACACAGUAUCUGGCCUAGUUCAAAUGCAGGACGGUUCUCUUGUCUCAAGUGAGAAAGACGCAUUUUUUGAAUAAAAGAAACCAUCAAAUUGGACCAUAAAAGUGCCUCCCAGUAUUCAUGAAUAUCCACAUAUAAUAUUCAGAUAUACAGUGUGUGCUGCAUUUGGCCUACUUCCAAUCCCUUGUAUGACGACUCUUUGUCCCUUGUGAGAGAUGGGCUUUUGCUUACAGUUUAGUGGAGCUUCCAGUUAGUCCAGCUAAGCAAGGAUUACAAACCAGUGCACACACAUGCAUGUAAAAGCUACACUCACACACAAACACACUGAGUGGUAACAAGGCCACGGCACGCUGCCAACACAGCCACAGUGUGUUUGGUUUAUGAAGCUGUGACCACAACAGCGUCUCCACACAAAUGAGCUGUCUUACCUGAGGGGAGUAUAUUUGACAAACAGCAGAGAGGGGCCAGUCUGGUUAGCUGACCAAAGCUUUCUGUGGCCAAUGAGGAUUUUUUUCUUUUUUUUUUUAUGAAUGGGUGUUAGCCACAGACUGUGUGCUUUUCCCAGUAUUGUACUUGGUUAUGUUACAGAGCAGUAGGCCUGAAAUGCCAAGAGAAGAAAUAACUAACAACACACCUAGCUGAACCCAGAUUUACCCAUGUUGCUCGACAACUGACAGCUUUAACCCUCAUUUAAUGUUGGUGUUAUUGAUUAUACUUGACUUCAUUAUGUACUGAUGAAUCAUUAGCACACCCAGCAAGUAUUUCAACAAACUUUUCCUCCAUACUUUCCUUAGGGCCAGGGGUUUUUCAAAAAGCCAGAGUUGUUGCCAAUAAUUUGAGAGCAGGCUGGCCAAUGGGUGAUAUAUACCACCAAUAUCCAAAGAUAACACUCAUUAUUUUUAUAUGAUGCAACUGUAUUGUCCCAUACUUCAUUACAGAUUGUAUAUCAAACCCUACAGAGUAACUAUUCUAAAUUUAGACAUGCUGUCAUUUAGGAUGGGGAAAAUGAGUUUCCUUUCAGGGAGGUGUCGGCACUGCUAAACGUCAGCCAUACUGAAGAGACUGCCUGCAGUGUCCGCAGACAUUAUUUCCUUAUUAUCUCAAAUCGUCAUUAACUGGCCCAAUAAAUUGGUCUAACUCUCCAUAGGGCAGAUUUUACAUCAGAAGAACUACAUGUAAUUUAAAAGGAGAUUCACAUUUGUGCUAAACAAACCCAUUACCCAAUUAGCUUCAUGUGCUUUUCUAAGUAUUGAUUAGCUUCUUGUUGCAGUUUUAGGGUCCGUGAUUUCUGGUUCAGUCUCACUGUUUUGUAGCACUGCUGUUUUCCAAACACAGAAAAGAGGUGGUUUUGAAAAUAGAAACCUCUAAAGCCCUCUAUUUACUGCCUGCUCUGCAUCAAAGCGCACACUAACAAAGCACGCUAGCAACAAAAAUAGAGCAAAAAGAAAAAAAAAAUGUGAUUAUUGGACAUAAUUAGCCAGGUGGCCAGAAACACAACUCUAAAUGAAUGCUAAUGUUGUUAGCUGUAUAAAUAGAGAACAGUAUGCUAACAGAGCUGUCAUAUUCAUUAUACAACAAUAUCUCAAUGUUAUGUUUGUUAUCUUUUCUGCUGGUUUUAAUAGAGAAAUAAAAUUAGCAUAUAGAUUUGAGAGUAAGACGUGAGCUAAACUGCAGUACGAACAUACUGUAUAAGGUGUCGCAGGGUUAGCCAACACUUUGAUUCAGGAAAUGCUGCUUUGAAUGGUUUGAUUGAGCUCAUAAUGAGAUCCUUUUGCAAACAUAACAACUACUUUAGCUAUAUCUCCUGGUAGUUAAACUAAAUAAUGAUAUUGAGAUGUACUGUAAUAAUAUGCAUACCUAACCAGACCAACAAAAGUGCCCUUUAUGAUUGCAAUACAGCAAAACUCCCAGACUAACUCAUCCUUGGUUAAACAAUCUCAGACUGCAGAAAUAAAAUUCCCUUCAUUCAUCUGUGUCUUUUUUUCCUCCUUUCUGUCUCUGUCUGCCCAUCUCUUUUCCUCCUGACAGAUCUUCCACAUGACCUAUGACCUGGCGAGCGCUGUGAUGCGAAUAUUCAACCUGAUUGGUAUGAUGCUGCUGCUGUGUCACUGGGAUGGCUGUCUCCAGUUCCUUGUUCCCAUGCUGCAGGACUUCCCCUCUGACUGCUGGGUCUCCCUCAACAAGAUGGUGGUAAGCAAAAUGCACUGUGUGUGUGUGUGUGUGUUUGUGUUAGUGGGGAGUCUUAAAAAAGUGUAGCAGAAAAUCCCAGCAAAAGCGGAGUAUAAAACUAUCCCCCAUUGAGAAAAAGAAGUGUUAUGUGCAGGUUGGGAAAUAGGUUUUAAUUAAAAUUAAGUGUCUGCACACACACACACCCCUACGCUCACCCACACGCACGCACACACGCUCGCACGCAUGCACCAUAGACCGGCCUCAUUUAAACCCUCUCUAGUUAAACCCAGGAGACAUGCAAGUGUACAGAAAACAGGGAUGAGAGACAAAAAAGGAGCCAUUUUUUCAUCAGUUAAUGCAGCAGUUUGUUUCCUCUGCUCUCCAGCCAGUCUCUUCUCUUUUUCCCCCCUUGUUUUGUUUUUUUAUAUCUCUUCUCAGAUGUCCCCCCUUUCCUUUUACCUGGCACGUAGUUUCUGACCAUCUGCUGACAGGCAGGCUAUUGAAGUAAAAGAAUUAUUACCAAAUGAUUGCCGUCAUGAAAGAAAAACUCUCCUCAGAACAAGUGGUGCACCACUUGAGCUUUAUGAAAAACAAUCAUCUUACUGUACAGUUAAUGACUGCUCAUUACUAAAAGUGUGUUUAAUUCUUAAAUGAAACUUUAACAAACUAACUUGCUCCUUCAACCUCUUGAACCCUGAUUAUUCUUCUUACGUCCCCUCUCAAAGUUCCUUGAGAACAAGACAAAAAAAAUCCACACAGAUAAUUAUGCUGCAUUCAUUAAUAAAAUCUCACAGUAUAAAAAACCACAGCCCCCAGGUGACCAAUAAAUACUUAAAACUAGAAGCAUAAUGAAGAUAUGAAUAAUUUUACUCCUGUUAUAUAGACGUUAAGAAUUGGAAACUGUGUCUGUAAUCUGCACCACGAAGAUUAUGAGAAGUAUAAUUUUCAAUGAGAGGCACUCUGCAAGAUAUCUUCAAUAAAAAAAUCUGCAAAUAUGAUCAGUGAGAGACAUUUUCCCUCUUCCUGCUUGCGCAACAUUAAUUUGUAAGUUUUAAUUUUGGUUUUGAAUGCCUUUAUUCAGAGAGGGUGAGACAGGAGAUCGAGCAGGAAACUAGGGAAGUGACAUAGAGAACAUACACAAACUCUCAUAGUGCCUGAAGAGCAGAGGUGUGUCCAAAUGUUUUUGACAAGGAGUGCCCAGAUUGGGCACUGCCUUAUGCAGGGGUGGGUUGAAGCAUGUGAGUGAACACUGAUCUAAAGUUCAUCCAUUAUUCAUUUAUUUCUGUAUUAACUCAACAUUUCUUCUUUAUCAGCCAAUAUCGGCCAGCUUCUCCCCUAAAGUUAUGAUUAGCUAUUUGCUUUGGGGGAGGGGUGACUUUAGUUUGAAUGAUUUAUUUGGGCUUUAUGACAGGCUUAUUUUUAAAGUUGAUGAUUUUAUACACAGACAUAUUACAGCUGCAUGGUAAGUGUUGGAAGUUAAAGCUCCUGUGAGGAACUUUUGGUUUGUGUCCUUUUUGGUAGCUUCCAUAGACUGUACAUACUAUAGACAACCUGCUUCCUCCUUCCGCCAGUAUACAGAUUUGAAGCCGAAAAGCUCUCGGUAAUUCAGCGUUUUUUCUCCAUUUCCUGAAACCAACAUUGCGCAGUAGCGUUGUACACAUUCGGCGGGAGAAUAGCUGACAGUCGCUGUGAUGACGCUCGGCUCAAACAGUGUAUCCCCUGGGUGAGCUAUGCAAUCUUCUGACGCCCAUAGGCUGUAUCAAGUGUCAUUAAUAGAAAACAUGAACCCCCUAAUAACUACUGAAAAUGGAGCUGUACAGAAAAAAAGAGGACUAACUACAUAUCAACAUCGCAACCAGGGGGGAGAAAAAAUUUAUAUUCUGUGUAAUAAAUUCCUAAAGUUUAUCCACAGCCCCAUAAGGAUGGCUAGAGGAGGCGGGACCUAUACUUACCUAUAUUUAUGACCUAUACUGUAGCCUGUCACCAGAGGGUGCUGUUCUUGAGGUGGCUUCACCCAGUGAGGAGGAAGAUGGUGUCCAUUCUAUAUACAGUCUAUGGUAGCAACCCCUGUGGAUGAAGUAGUCUUUGCUUAUCUUGUCUUUGACAUGCUUAAGUUGUGCUGUGUGACAAAAAAAUUGUACUCAGCUGACUUUUCACGGUAAAAUGUUGAUGUUUUUGUGAAUAUUUAGUCUGGAAAAUGUGAAAACUGGGACUUUUCUUUGGUAGACUAGACACCUACCAACUCACAAUAGUUUCAGGCUUUGAAAGUCACAAUUUGGAAACAUCAGUCUUAUCACUGAUGGUCUUGUUUACUUUUGUUUAUCAUAAAAAGGCAUCAAUAUGAAUUUCAGUCAGUUUGAUAAAUGCCAAAAAAAUCCUUGAAGGAUCUUUAAGGAAGAUAUGGUUAGUCAAGAUAGAGAAAUUCCAGCUGAUUGCACUUUAGUCGAAAGCCUGAGAACAACCCUGCAGGAAAGACGACCAACACAGACUAUUAAUGAAACAAUAGAAACUGAACACAACAAUAUUUCUGAACUGGCUUGAACAUUUCGUUUGUUAUCAAGGAGUGAUUGUGCAGAUGACGAGUCUUUGCUUCACAUCAGCGUCACCCGCUCUUCAAAGUGGCUUUUAAGAAGGUGCCGGUUGAUGUCUGGUUGACUGCUGCUUCAGAGGUAGCAUCAGAAGGUGCAGAUCAUUUUAACUUGCAUGUGAAUCAAACCGAUCUCUGAAAGAAGCAUCCCAUAAUGAUGUGUGUGUGUGUGGAAGUUCAGCAGACUGGAUAAUUCCUUCCUUCUGUCAGGAACAGACUGUUUCCUGAGCCGUUUGACGCUGCUGUUGCUAAAAAAGGUUUUAAAUUCCGAAAAAGUCCUUUGUGUCAUUUUUUAGCGUGGAAAUAUAUGACAUUGAGGCCUUCAGAAACUCUUGGAGACAUGGGUGCAUAUUUGUGUGUAUAGGUGUGUCUGUGUUUGAGUGUCGCCAGGAACAGAUACAUCACACACCCACUGACCCUGCAAGACAUCAUGAUUGUUUCGCUGUUGUUGCAGCUCCAGUUUCUCAUUUCAUCUCAGACCAUCUUUCUUUUUCCAUCUCCACCUCUCUCAGGACACGCACACACACAAAGACACACCCCCUCUAUCACUGUCGGGGCCAGUGGUUGAAGAGGUAUCUUAUACUUAGGUAAAAGGAGCAAUAUCAAUGUCUCUGUCACAAGCUCGAGUCAUUAAUCUUUUUGAGUGAAAGCAAAAUAUUCUACAUCAAAAACUCUUUUAGUACCAAAAGUAAAAGCGCAUGUUAUUGCAGAGCCCUCCAUUUGGGACAAGUUUUAUAAUACUAUUCGAUUUUGUGUACAUAAUGUCAGUUUGAAAACUCUCCAGUUAUACUCGAUGAUGGUUUUACUUUAUUUUGCGAUCAAACUAACUUCUUGAGACAUGAGAAUAGAUCUGAAAUUUAAAGUCCUACUCCAAUCUUUUUUUUUCUAGUGUUCUCAGUGGUCUUUAAAUUGUGAUUAUGAAGUUUUUAGCCAAAAUCAUGUUAUCUGUGUCAUUGUCAAGGGCUUUUCUUCUGCAGAGGUCCAGUAGGUCAUUAGGAAUUCACCUCUGAGUCGUGGGCGGAGACAGCGCUGCUCUGCACACUCCUCCUCGAGUUAGCUUGCAGCCUAAAAUUGCCGGUGUAGUAGAAGUAGUAGGUUACAUAGGAGCAAUACAGCUCUCGAACAUUAUUGUCUUGAGGGACAUGAUGAAAGUUAAUGUCAUAAUUAGCUUUCUUAAGAGCGUUGCAAUCAGCUAACGCACAUGCUUGUUCUGCGAUCGUCCUCUCUAUUAGUGGGGCACUGGGUGCGGAGCUUGGAUUUGCUCCGUAGGAAAUCUCACUGUAUCUGAUCCUGACAUUUGAAUCUGCGAGAGGUUCACAGUGCUUUGAAAACAGAAAUACUCAUAUAUGCAAUUUUGCACUUAUUUUACUCAUGAUAUGCCUUGUAGCAUCAGAAAAAUGCCAUAUGAACAUGUAGACAACAAGAAAAACAUGAUUUUCAUGGGAGUGGGUCUUUAAAGAUGCCAGAUGAAGCAAAACUACAUCGUAAGCACCUUGUUAUUUAUACAGAUCAAUUAAAAGCCAGAUAGAAUUGCUUCAUAGUUCAUGCAUUCUACCUCCUUUGCUCUCUCUACAUCGACAAUAUUUCUGCUUACUGGCGAGGCUUUCCAGGCAUGCACUAUGUGAGAAAUAUUUUUAAUGGCUGAAAAAAACCCCAUUAUUUUCAUAUUGCAAAAAUGUGUGUAUGAACAAAUGUUUAAGAGAGCAUAGAGCUUUAUGUUUUGCACAAUACCUGUGUUUACAGCAUGUCAGUCCUGAAUCUAGAAUGGUUUAAAAAAGCAUGACCUUAUUUUUGGCCUUUACAUUACAUUUCCCUAUCAAUAGUGUUUUCAAAGAUUACUUUACAUGCAAACCAAUUUGACUCAUUCCACUUACUGUUCGAUAGCUUAAAGAUUACUUAAUUUUUUAGCUGAACAGAUGAGCAGCACCUUGGAUAAUGUGUUGUUUUCCACUCCCAGUGGAGGCUGAGCCAUACUGUACACUCAAUUUUUUCUGACUUAGUUUGACCACUGAAGCACCUACAUUUCAGAUGUUAAAGGAUUUGUAUCCAGUCUAUCCAGAUAAAUAUGUAGUGAUGGAUUCUUUGUAGCGUACAAUCCUGGCUCUUAAGAUUUUGUACAGAUAUUUGUUUCUUCUAGUUUUACAGAAAAUAUCCUGUCUUUGUUGCACAACUUUUACCAUCUGCUCUGAAUGUACAGAACAUCUUCUUCCCUAUCUAAUGUCUAUGCAUCCAGUCCUUUCAUCUUCCCCUUCUCCCCGCCUGUCUAAUAUCCACUUUUCUCUUUGAUGCUUAGGCUCUAUCCCUGUUGUUUACGUCUGUGCUUCACUUUUUGAGUGAGAUGCCACAGUGCCAGGGAACACUCAUGAGGGUGUGGCAGCCUGGUGAGCUGUGCUGCUCUCCAUCUCAGGGUAAUCAAGGUCAGAGAUCCACUUCAGAGCUGUGUCCUAAAAAAGAGACACAGCGUUAAAUGAUCUUCUUUCUCGUGCUUCACCUCCAGCUGUCUGCUUGUGCUGGAUACUUUCUCGACUCCACCCCGCUUUCUCUUUACGUCAUCCAUGCACUUAGGAAUAUGGAUCUGCAACCAGAUAGAAACAACACGUGAUUUAUUCACAGGGGUACUCUCAUAUGCUCCGUGAUACCUGACUUGCGUAAGAGUAUACUAUUUCUGUCUAUAAAAAAGGGAAACCAUCAAAAGACGGUGUCCUUUUAACACUUUAACUUUACUCUGUAAUAUAUUCAGCAAGCUUCAAAACAAGGUCUUCUCUUCAAAACAAUCGCUGUGACUUGUAAAACAGAUGACUGCAGCAGCAGAGAGUGAUGUUAAUAAUAGGCUUGAUAAUCAGGAUCCUGCUGCAGGGUGAUCACAGAAUAAACCAAAAUCAACAUAACUCACUGUAUGUGGUCAGCAGCUAGUUUUGAUUGGCUGUUGAAUAAAUAGAAUUGUAAUAAAGCCUCUUCUCUUCUUCUCCUCACUUCUCUUCUCAUCAUCCCCUUGCUUAGUCUUGUUUAUGUAUUCAAUAUUUAUACUAAUAAGAGACAUUUAACCAAAGAAAAGUUGCUGUAAUUGCCGGAAUGACCCAAUUUGUGUGCAUUUGUGAUUAUAUUUGAAUGUAAACUGUGUCAUGCGUGUAAGGGUUGCUUUUCAGGAAAACCCUCCUGCUUUGACAGUUAGUGGAGAUAUACUCAACAUACUCAAUUACUGGGGUGAUCCAAGUGGCAGGCUGGCCUGUCAGUGUGCAUCAGUGUAAUGAGCAGUCUGUGUUAGUAAGUGUCUGUGAGGGUGUAGGUGUGUGAGUGAGUGACAACUGCCCUCUCUGAACCAACAUCUUUUAUACCAAAUAUGCUUAAAAGUGUGACAGAUCUCUAAAACACACCAUCAAUCUCUUGGUAGUUAUCUCUUUACUAUUUACAUAAUUUUCUCAUGGUUAUUAAUAAACUCGAUUGGCAUAUGAGUCCGCUGAUAUAAAGCUUAUGGGCUCAACACUGAUAUGAUUUCUGAUGUGCACUGAUACGACAAUUUUUGCCUUCAUAUCAGCAGAACAGGCACUGACUCCAUAUUUUAAAAUACUCAUAUAGUGCAGUCUUAGCUCAUGACCCAGAGCAUCACAGAUGGACUGACAGCGAUUGGCACCAAAACUGGUUGAAACCUUGUGAAUGGUAUUUUACAUAUCUCAGUGAAAGUAUCCAUUAAGAGUGGGGUUCAUUCUCUGCAAAUCAUGUCUGUGCAAAACUUGUGCACGAUCUAAGAGAAAAGGUCUUCUCUACCUCCAGCUCAUGAAUUGACUCAUGGUUGACAGGUGUAGCUUUUCACUAGCCACGUUUACAUGGGCAAAAUUCCUUGAUCUGAUUAAAAAUCUGAGGAAUCGGAUAAUGUGAAUCCACUGUUUAUAUGGGUGCAAAAUCAAAUAAAACAUCGCUAAAACAACCGCAGAAGAAGAGUAGUAUUGACGCUUGUGCAUGCAGAUGUGACAUCAUUACGCUGUAUGUACGCCUUGUUAUGUUAUCCGAGAAAGCAGACAUGACAGCUCCUGUGGUUGUGUUUUAUGCCAGAGUGUUAGUAAUGAAACCACCUGUACUGGCCUCAAUAAAUAAGCCAAAGACUAAAGAGUGAAGAUUGAGUCAGGUUAGAGAGUCAUGAUUGGAAUAAGUGUUUAAAUGGACGCGUUUUGGCAUAAACCACCCCUCUCGAUCGGAAUACAAUUUCUUUCUGUUUAAUCCGAAUUGGAUCAGAGUCUUCCGAUCAACAUAUUCACAACGCUUUUUUAUUCUGAUUCAGCAUUUAUUCUGAUUAUUUGUGCCCAUGUAAACACAGCUAAAGUUGGUCACUUUUUGGGGUAACUGCCAGCAAACCUAAUAGCAUACAGUAAGUUAUCAUAUCCUUUUUAAAGUAAUCUGCAGAGAGUUAAAGUUAAAAAGGAGACUCGUCUUUGAAACGUUUAUGUACAUAAUCAGUUCUGAAUCAUUUGAAAAAGUAAGGAUAGCCUAAAAAAAUACACCCGAUUGAGUAAAUACUUUGCAUCACUUUGGUGCUGUUCAGUGCAGCUUUAUUUGACUGGAAAAAUGCUUGAAUAUUUAAUGUUUCACUUCCCCCCCGGUGGCUGGUUGCAAUAAAGGUCAUAAACCAUACAGUUUGGCUUUUGCACUACAGUUUGGUCAGAAAUGGGUUUAGUUAAACACAUCAUCCAACUCAAGUUUAUGCAUCAUUACUAUUCAAACCCAAGCCUGAUAUUGAGCUGUUAAUGUUGGCAUUCAGAGUUGGUCCUGUGAAGUGUUUCCAUCACACACUGAAUCAUCUCGUAACUCUGUGUUUGGUUUUAAAUAAUGAAUACAAACAUGGACCAUCUGUAACUAAAUAAUUGAUGUUAAACUUACCAGCACAGUCUUUUAUGGCAUUUUACACACGGACAAUUCUGAAUGACUGAUUGAUUUGAUUGUAUUUCUAUUGAAAUGGUUACAGUGGAUCAAUAAUUCAUUACCAAGUUGCAUUAUUCUUUCACAUGUUAACCUUGGACCUUGUAUCCUGCCUUUUCAUUCUAGCCUUGUAGGUGAAAUUUGCUACAAUUGGUUCUUCUUUUAAAGCACAACUCAUUAUUUUUUUAUAAUUAUCUAACCAGAGGAAAUCAUCAACACCAGCUGAGGAUGUUGUAUUCAAAAGUAUAAGUCAUCAAAUCUAGGGCAGUAAAACAGGAAAUGAUCAUGAACUUCUUGGAGGUGAUUUUUGUGCUUGGUGUUUUACAUUAAUUUACCACUACUGUCUAUUUCUAGCACCAUUCUGUAACAAUAUUCAACGUAUUCAUAUCCAGUCAAUAAAGGUAGGCCAUAAGCAUACAAUAUAAUCUAAUCAAUCUAACAUCCACUUUGACUUCAAAGUUAGAGGCUUUGAUUUUAAGAGCCAAUCAUGAAUGUGAUUACUGUAAAUGGAAAACAUGUUGGAGACAAAACAUCUCCUUGAUUUAAACCAAAAUGGUGGGGAAACAAUCAUGGUAUAUAUUCACUGACCUGACUGAACAUACAAGCAACACAGUGUAACAACCUUUACUGUAGAAUUCCUCUUUUUAUCCCAUCAAAUGCCUUAAAUACAAUUCAUACAUGCAACUUUAGACUUCUACAUGUAGAUUUAAGAAUAAGUCAUACGCCACUUUUUGGGAAUAAUCCAAUGAUUAAAAAAACAAAGAAAUCCCGAAAUAACUUGUGAUACUGAACAGCACCGACGACUUUUAAACCUUCAUUUCAACUUUUGUCAGUUCCAGAUGCAUUUUCCUGUUUGCAUUUAUGUAUUACACUUUAUUAUUUUAUAUUUUUUAAACAUAUUCCCAUCAGUUGUUAAUCCAGUUUCUAUUACUUCUUUUCGGUUAAGUGAUUUCCUCAGGGUUAUGAAUUAUAUGAAUUAUUACACCCAGAAAAAAAGGUACAAAAUCCUUCUCCAACUUCAUAUGAUCCUUUAGGCAGAAACACAUUCCCCAUCAUGGUUUUACUUCCAUUAAAUUCUUUUAAAAUUUCUGAUUAAUUUUAGUGAAAGUAUAAUCCUCUUCAGCAAAAAACAACUUGGCUUUCAUUUUGAACAUCAGUAAAGACCAGUCAAAGGUCAUUUAGAUCCAUCACUCAGUCAAAAGUAGCCCUCUGAAUGAAGGGACAGUCGUUUAAAGCAAACCAGAAUUACCACGUUAGCUUGGUGUGGCAGAACACACUCCCUGUUUUAUACUCACCCUAUCAUGCAUCAUAAAUGUCCCAUACUCCCUCUGUGUUCCUCACUAACUGUAUUACAUACAAUUAGCCAUCAUCCACACUGAGCGGUGAAGAUCGAUGGUAAAUAUAAUGAACAAAAUAGCUAAUUUCAUUUAUAUCUCCCCACACGAUCUCUCACACAAACACACACUCACACCGGGUGGUAUCUCUGUAGAAAGAGUUUAUUGUGUUACUUUGAAGGCUGUAAUUUUCAGUAGUAAGAGAACCGGUUUUGUCUGUGUAUACAGUCAGUUUUAAUUAGCUGUUUUCUCAAACACAUCCUGACCAGUUACAGUGAGUUUUUAGGGGAUUUUCUACUCAUAUAGCCAAAUGUAGAGAAAAACCCAAACAUGCUUCUCUGCCUUUGAGAGUUUGAAUAAAUUACUCCCCCAGUAUUUCCCUGUGGCACGUAAAGCUUCUGCUUGCAGCUUGUUAGUGUAGCCCAGCCUGAGAACAGAAAAAUGCUGAGUCCAUUAUCUGGAGCCAUGAUGACUACAGUGGAGAUGACACCUUGUGAAGGGAAGUCAGAUAACACAGCAGAAAAACAGAGUCAGAACCAAAGUUAUAGCUACUAUGAGGAGUUUUUUGAUGGUCAUGAAACAGUUUGAAAUCAACACACAUGCCUCUUGUUGGCCCAGGAAAUCAAACAAAACCUUUGAGGACAAUAUGCAAUAUUUCCAGAUGAUCAUUUUUAGCAUUUGUAAUGGCUGCAAGAGGGUCGAUGACGAAGCAGAGAAGUAACAGCAGCAGAGAUGGGUGCAGAGAUUACACAGUACAAAAGUCCCUUUUUAAUACCACUAAUAUGUUUUUACAUUUUAAGCACAAUCGGGUUAUUGGGUAUGGACAGUGCAUGGUUAAUGAAGAGAGAGAGACUGACAAGCAUCCAACUAAAAAUGCUUCACACAGCAGCUGUGAUACUGUGUAUUAAAGGUGUGGUAGUCAGGCUCUGAGGAAGUGCCAGUUUUGGGGAGGACUCAUGAAUGUAAACACUACCCCUCCCAACCAGUUUUCCCCUCAGCUCCUCCUCUCCCCUCCCUCUCUGCUCCAGCAAGCCAAGCCUACAAACAGACACUUCUGCUCGCUCCUAUCGUUUCAAUUAAAUUCAGAUAUAAUGCAGAUAAAUACUUCAGAUAAUUACAAAUGGGGCCCAGUCAAUGUGAAAGUAAAAAGCACUGAUGCUACUGUAGAUGCCAACAAACUACCAGCAAACACAAUGUUUGCAGGACUUCUACAACUAGGAUUAAGUGACAUACUCCCAAGGUAAACAGUUUAGCGGCAGUGCAACACACAGCAUCCUCCAUCAUUGUUGACCCGGCUUCUAAGCACCAGUUAUUCCACCAGAGUCUCCAGUAUUUACUUUGUUUUCUUGAUUGUGUUGGUGGUCGUGGCUAAAGGAGGAUACAGACAAUUUUUUGGUGGGUUUCUACUAUCUGAUAUCGUAGCACGCUAACUUUGUUUGGGCUCCUGAAUGACACGGGGGAGCAGCGUCCGCUUCACAACCAAUCAAGAUGGGGAGGCGGGGAAUGGCUUUGUUUACAGUCAGAAAGAGCGGAGCGUUUUGACAUUUUAAAAUGUUGACUACAAAGACAUAACAAAACACAGCGAUAUCGUUAUAUUACCAAAUGUCAUCAAUGACUUAUAGCUAUUGACUGAUAUUUAAAGCUUUUUUGUACACCACAAAAAAUGUGCUUUUUUAAUGAAUUCCUGCCUACCCCACCUUUAACUGGAGACUCUCUGUAAAAUAGUAAGUGCUAUGAAAACAAGGAGACAAGAACUGUAUUGAUAAGGCUACAGCUAAUAGAAAAGACAAACUCAGAGAUAUGUGGCUUCAAACUGUUUUGGUACUAUCAUACGCUUCCUUUUAUCUAGCUGACAAGGUCCAGUUUAUCUCCUAAAACCAAGUCAAACAACAGAUCCAGCUGACAGCUUUAAAUGGAAAUAAAACUGAAGUCAAGCUCGCAGCAAAAAAAAAUGCAACGAAAUUCAGCCUUAAUGUCAGACUCUGUGCCUUAAAAAUCUCAUCUCUUACUAUUCUUCUCUUCUACUUCAAAACACAAACUUUCAAACAUUUAACAGCAGCUUGAAGCCAGGAUGUCACCUCCCUCUAAACAAAAACCGAAUUUGAAUCUCAAAUGAAAUGCAAACAACCUUGGAAAAAUACAAAUCAGAAGCAAACAGUCAAUCAGUGAUUGAAGACACACCACUCCUCCCAGAGAGGGGACAGGAGGAGUUUUUGAGGAGACACACAAACACAGCGGUAAGCUCUGGACAGUGUGUGAAUCACAGCUGCUGGUGGGAAGGAUGUGAGGUUCAGUGGGGCCUGCGGAGGACUCGCUGAUGAGUCGAACACGGGAGAAUUGGGGUUGACUGAAUGUGUGAGCGCCAAUCAAAGGCAGACUGGAGCGAGGCAGAUGUACAGGCUCCUCAUUAAACACAAGAGUUUUUCCUCUGCUCCUUCUGCUGUGCCAAAAAAUGAGGCAAGCCUGCUCAGUGAUGAUGAUGAGGCUCUCUGCCAAACCGGGGACAAUCACUAGACACCAAGUUGUAUACUUCACCAGGGAUAUCUAACUCUUUUGCCCUCUUAUUCAUAAUUAACUCUCUUUUUCACCACUUCUGAGAACCCCCAACUUUUUGAAAUUUUCUCUGCAGAGCGCUUCACACAGCUCUCCUUCAGAAGAGGUCAUUGUGUUAAAAUUGCAGUUGCGGUAAAGCAUAAUAUAAGGAAAAAGUUUUCAGAAGACCUUGGAUUUAACUAUUUCCCUCCUUUCUUAUUUACCUGCUUUGUAAUAACUUUCUCAUCUUCUUUUAACUCCAACUUUUUGCCUAACUGCCAUCUCCACCUCCAUUUCUUCCUACAGAAUGACUCAUGGAGUGAGCUCUAUUCCUUCGCCCUGUUUAAGGCCAUGAGCCACAUGCUGUGCAUCGGAUACGGAAGACAAGCCCCAGAGAGCAUGUCGGACAUCUGGCUGACCAUGCUCAGCAUGAUUGUCGGAGCCACCUGCUAUGCCAUGUUCAUCGGCCACGCCACCGCACUCAUCCAGUCCCUGGACUCAUCCAGACGGCAAUAUCAAGAAAAGGUGAGGAUUGGGCCUGUCUUUUUGUUUCUGAGUUAACUUUGUGACUGUUUACUGUCUUAGUUAAAGGAUGUAGGGCAGCCAGCUUAAUCAAGCUACCAAAAUAAUGAAAAAAAUCUUACCCCUCUAGACAUCAUCUUUCCAAAGUUUGAGCAUUAUACUGUUGGUAAUUUUCUCUAUUAGAAUAAUAGCCAGUGUGAAAUAAUAUUUUUUAUUCUUAUAGUGGACUAAACAUUAAAAAAAUCGAUAACACUUUACUUGAUGCCUAUCUCUAUAAUGCAUUAUAAAUAUCUGUAUAAUGCAUCAUAAUCAGGUUAUAGCACUGUAUUAUCUAUAGUUAUAAACACUCAUAAAUGAUCAUAAUGCUUUAUAGCAAUAAUCAUAACACAUUGUAAAGCAUUUUAUCAUGACUUACAAGGUCAGGUAUUAUAAUGUGUUAUAACUGUUAACAACUCACUGACAAUGCCCACAUAGAUAAUGCAUUAUACAUAUAUUUAUAAUGUGUUAUAAUUUGUUUAUAAACUUGUUAAACUAUCAUUUUAAACACUCAUAAAUGAUCAUAAGACUUUAUAACAACAAGCAUAACACAUUACAAUACCUGACCUUGUAAGUCGGGAUAAAAUGUUUUAUAAUGUGUUAUGAUUAUUGCUAUAAAGCAUUAUGAUCAUUUAUGAGUGUUUAUAACUAUAGUUAUACAGUGCUAUAACGUGAUUAUAACGCAUUAUACAUAUAUUUAUAAAGUGUUAUAGAGAUAGAUGUCAAGUAAAGAGUUACCCCACAGGUCCCACACAAACACAGAAGUCAGGAGUGACUGGUAUAGCAUAAAUAAUCUUAGCUCCUGAAUAUUUUCAGAAGUUUUUACGCUGAGCCCUGACUUUACCCUGAAGUUUUUCUUGCCAGCCCUCAGGUAAAAUUUCCGCAAGACGUCAGAGUGAACUAGUAUGUGAAAGGAGAAGGUUAAAGUCAGGAACAUUACUGUGGUAGGCAUGAUUAAUGAUGUUUUUAUCAUGCAACUGGUGCGUGAACUUAAGCCAAUAAUAUGAAACCAGUUCAAUAAACCUGACAAAAAGAAAAAUGUUUGGUUGAACAGUCCUAACAGUGAAGGUGGUUAUCACUGAACCCAAAUUUUGUUCUGUACAGAGCUGAAAUCUUUGCUAGUAACAGACUGGGUGUUUACAAGAUUUGACAAAUAUAUCUGCUAACAGUUUUUAAUAAUACUUUAUAAAUUACAGAAAAGAAUUCAACUUUUUAUCUGAUUUGAUGUCAUUUUUUCUAUAUUUGUUCUAAUUUUUAUGUAAAGCUAAAAUAGCUUCAUAUUUUUUAGAUAAAGUGCAGAUAAAUUUCUUGACAUGUAUCAAACUUUUUGGAUAACUUGUGUAGCUAUAUCUCUUUUCAACGCAAUGUCCUGGUUACUCUGGAUUAUCCACAGCCUAUGCUUCAAUAGCUGUCAUUGGAAGUCCUCCUUACCAAAGAAAUAAUCCCUUUGUAAACUGUGGGGCAUGUGUGUUUUGUGUGUAAGUGUGGGUGGGUGUGCUGGAACGAGAAAGUUGCUGUUAAUAUUUGCUAAUUUUGCUAAUUUUGCUUCUUUUUCGGUGUCUGCUUUCAUAAUUCAGUUGGCUCAGCCCUUUAGAGUCAGAUAAUCUGUGUAAAUAAUUCAGCUGGCUAGAUCUCCUGGAUAACAAAAGAAAGAUGAUUUUACCUGGGUCUAUUUUUGGAUCACUGCUGAGAUAAAUCAAGGGGGUCGGCUACAGGAUUACCUUACUUUCACCCAGGUGGCUUCUCUGUCAACCGUACGGCAGGAUGUCAGGAAGAGAUUUAAUCAACAGUGCUUGUCUUCUAAAACAAUGUGGAUACGGUUAUCAGAUUUGAUAUAAACAGAGGUGGUUUGCUCAUUUGAUUCCGACACUCUUUGAUAGGAACACCAUCUGCUCUAUUUGUUCAAUAUUCAUAGCUGCAGCACUCAGGGCAUCAGUCUGUUUGUAAUCUUCGUAACAGCUCCAGAUCAAAGCUCCUGGUGUCUGCGGGGCCAGAGAGGGAGCACGCUCCUGCUUUAUAAGGUCAGGGUGUCACCGGUGUUUUUUGUCUUGUUAGCCUCCUCAGAUCUUGGCUCAUGUGGACACGCCUUAUGCUAUCUAUCACUGGCACACACGCAUGCAGAACUGCACUCAGGCGUCAGUGUGAUCAGUCAGGCUUUGUUGUUUAGUUGGAGCCUCUGGCUAAUGUUUAGAACAAAGGCUGACCACGUUAACAUCUCUCUUUCUUUUCCCCUGAGUCAGACUGUUUUCAUGAAGUGUUUCAGAUGUAAAAAUAGGCGUACUGAAUGAGAUCUAGCAGUCAGAUUCAAGAUUGAAACGCUCCCCUGCUCACCCCUUCUUGCAAUGAGUUGACUGUGUCCUUUGAGGGCAAAAGCUUCUGUACUGUAUGAUACAGUUUGGCAUUAUUCUUUAUUUGUUACCAGUUUAAACAUGGCCGUGCAAGACUGUGGUUCUGGACCUCAUCUCAUGUAGAUAUAAAGACUCAUUCUGAGCUAGCAUUAGCAAAAUAUCCCAUAUAAAGGUGAUUAUACACUAGUUUCACAUAUUUACCAUUAUGUUUCACUUCUAUCAAGUCUGUUUUGCAAUAAUCAUUAUAAAAGUACACACUGCACCUUUUUUUUUUAAUUACUGGAUCUUGGUUGUGCAUCAUUAUAGAUGAGAUGAGCUCUUUGCACUGAUUUAUUUUCUAGGUUGUGCUUUCAUAAGCAGCCAUGAUGAUAAGUGUGUACAGUAGUGCAUCAACUCUCCUGUGCAAGAGGCCGUGGAGGUUUUGAAAGAGUAAUGAAGCUACUGUGUAUGUUUACAUUCAUGAGCAUAGUGCACACAGCAGGGAAUGUAUACAUUAUCAUUAUAUCUUGUUUGCACCAUCCAUAUCUCUGAGAAUACUGAGCUUUUUAUAGUGGUGGACAUGCACAAACAACAGCAGUGUGACCUCAGCUUCACCGCUGAAAGUUUCAACUUUUUGACAAUAAAUAGGCCAUUAAACAAAGAAAGUCUGCGGACAGGCCUGUCAAUAGCAAACAAAUUUAGCAGCAGUACUGCCAACAUCAGGACUACUAGCUUCAUUAUUUUAAUUACUAUUAUAAUUUAUUUACAAUUUUCAAACCGUCCUCCAUCUCCUCACCUGUCUUUUCCUCUUUGUUAUGGACUGGAUGGAGUGAAGUCACGUCUCUGGUGUAGGACAGCAUCCUAAAGGGACAUGAGACCAUAGCCUACCUACACACACAUCCAAAACCAACCUUUAUUGUUAUUAUUUAUUUUGACAUUGAAUAUACCGAUAUCAGCAAAAUGACGUUGGUUAUUGUCAUAAAUUUCGGUAUCGGUAAAUUUUCGAUUGAUCGCCCAGCCCUAGCCAGCAUGCUCUCCAGCUCUCCUGAAGUCUGAUGCCCACUUGCAGCAGAUGCGCUUUAAGGAUGCAGAGUGGCAUCUCUAGAGAGCAACAAAAGAGAAUUGAGACACAUUACAGUCUUGCACCACUUAACAUGAAUGAAUGCACAUUUACACAAGAACAGAAGUGUGGAUACUGUGAUACGGCCCUGUUACCCAGCUGUGUUAAAAUUUUGAUUCUUAUUGGUCCAAACUCCACAACAAAUAGUAAUUAACUCUCAACAGCAAAAGCACACCAGGUCAGACACCUCAUAUCAAAGCAGUCCAACACAUUUCACCUCUGCCUGCAGACACUCAUGACAUUGACUUGAGCUGUGGUUAAAGCUCGAUUGUUUUCAUAAAACUGUUCCAGUUUACAAUCACCGGACAAGAAUUGAUGUAUUGAUACUUCUAUGUGAAAUAAUGUUUUAACUUGACUUUUAAUUGAAAUGUUGAGUUUAAUGUCAGUUUGUAACCCAAACAAGGCCAAUAAUGAUCUGUUGCUAUGACCAUUGAAUAGGAGGGACAGUUUUUAGUAAAUCUUUUUAAACAGAUCAUUUUUUAAAUCUGUGAAAUCAUCUGUCAGUCAAGAUUUUAUCAACUUUCUUAUGUCUUGAGUGCAUAGCCCUGUAAUAAGCCGGGUAAUGUAUCGUAAAUGGUUGGCAAUUUAUUUCUCUUAAAGGUGAGCAAGACCCUGAUUCAAAGCUGAGUUUGAUGAACAUUAAAGCUCUAACAUUACUUGAAAAUUAUGCUGUUUAAUAAAAGCCUUCCUCUUCCAGUAAGUGUUAGGACCAAGAACAUUUGAAGACACAGGGGGCUGCUGUAGUCUGUGUCCUGUGUCAGGUUUGUUUAACUGUACUCAGUCAGAGACACGACAGCUGCUACCAGUCUCCUUCUCUCGCUCUCUCUUACAUGCUGCGCAACCAUAAAACAAUAAAAAACAGAGGCAACACUCCGUUUGGCUACACAAAGACAACUUAUCUAUCAUGCUGUCCUGCUCCAAUCUCUCUUAGCUGUUUGUUCUUCAUUAAGUCGCUGAACUGAGCAUGCUGCACAGCAGUCCACAAUAAGUCCUGCUAUUAGAUAACAGACUGGAGACAAAGCUAUGGUUGGAACCCGCGUCUGUUACAAAACAGAUUCUUUGUCUAAGAUAGUGUAAAUGUUAGUGACAGCGUGAACCAGUAUCGACAUAAGACAGAGUAAACAGUUUGAUCACGCUCAGGGUUUGGACAGAAAUGUCAUAAUAACUCCAGCGCUCAGCAUCUAUUCCUGUCUGCACGUGAAGACACUGCAGACCAAAGAUUGUUGUGGAGUCGAAGUGCUGAGUGAGUUCAGGAGUUAGACAAAGCGGGCCGGUGUUGUAUUCUGCAUCAUGUGAAUAAAGAUUGGUGUGUGUUUGGUUGGUUUGUGGUUAUAUGGGGUAAAAGGUAAAGACUGAAAAAAGAAAGGGAGAUAUUAAUGAGAAACUCUUUCAGCUUUAAUAAGAAACACUUGAAAGCCAGUAUCUUUUUCUUUGCUUUCAGUGGAUUUCUCUGUGUUUUGGUCAGUUUGAAGUUGCAAAGUCUGGACAUUUCUGUUGGCCAACUAUAUGUCCUGCCUUUACACUUUUUUUCCAUACAAUACCCUUGGCUCACUUUUAAAAGCCUCUUUUAUACUUAGAUUUUGGCAGAGUGCCACAAUGAAGCAUCUCCAUACCUAUGCCUUUGAACUUGAACAGUGAUUUCCACAAAGGUGUGAUAUUUAUUGGUGUCUAGUGACACCAGUGUGAUUUGCAACGUGUUACUUCCUCGCAGAAACAUUUGUUGAACCCUUUGCUGGUUUGUCCUGCUGGCUUCAGUGUCUGCAGUGACAUUGUUUCCCCUUGUCUUUCACCUACGUUUUUCUGUUGUUACUACCUUCUAUACCUGGUCAGGGACUGAAUGACCUACUCACACAAUUAUGUAUCUACAUAUUGAUGCCGCUCAUAAAAGAUGCAUAACAGUCCCAUCUUGAACAGCUGAUGUAAAGGCGGCUAUCGUCAAUAUUGUAGCCUUCAAUACUGGCCGAUACCGAUAUUGAUCUGAUAUUAGCACAAACUUGUGCAUGACUAGUUUUGCACUCAGCUGCAACGUCUUUUUCGGACUCUACUACUUUGUUAGUACCUUAGUACACACUGUUGUUGUUAUUACGUGGGCUCUACAUGCUGGAUCCGGGUGCUGCUAGAUAUAAGUGCCGCAGUGGAGUCUGGAUGGACUGCCUGUAUCAGAGUGCUGAUAUCUGAGAUUUUAGAUAAAGGCCUUUAUAAUCCGAUAUUCGAUUUUUUGCUGAUAUCGGACCGAUACCCGAUGCCAAUAUCAUAUUGGGACACCCCUGUCUGUAUGUGCUGGAGUUUUGUCCCUUAAUACCUAGCGGGAACAAAAACCCAUUGAGAACUACAAAUUACCACCUGCAAUGCAAUUAUCACUAUUUUUCUUUGCACAAAGAGUAUAAAAAUAUAAAUGAUUAUAUCAACAACUACUCAAGAAAGUGCAGGAUAAACAUCACACAAAAUUAAUGAAAAAAAUCCACCAUGAAAGCUUUGCAAAGUUGACGUUGGGUGCCAACGUUCAGACUGUUUUAGCUGGGAUUGUUAAGCACUUGAUUGUUCUGUGGGAAUCCUCUUGUAGACCAGAUCCCGGGUACUCUGCACCUGUGCUCUGAGGGGAUGUAGUGAACCUGCUGUGAUCUUGUGAGCUCCAUUCAAUGAGUUCUAGUCUGUCAUGUGAGAAAUACUGUGUAUUUGUUUCCUGGUGAUCCUGCUACCUGAAAAUGUUGGAGUUUAAGAGGCACUGCAGGCACAUGAAACUUUCGAUUAUGUUGUUUGACUUUCUACACACUGUGCUAUCACUUUGAUCAUUGACAAAAAUGAAGCAGUGGUAGCAGUUUAGCAUUGUCUGUCAUGUUGAGGUGAUUGGUGCCUUCAUUACGUGCUCCUCCACAACGCUCCUCUAUUCCCUAUCCCUCUCCUGCCUCAUCUGUCCAUUUGCCCUUGACUGUGGGGCAAUACACCAUCUGCCAGCAGACACUGCACAUGGACUGAAGGCAUUAGCAAUUAUAUAACCGUGCUGCCUGUAACUCCUCCUCCAUCACGUCCUCCCUCUCUGAGGCAGUAAGUGUCUAAGAGGAGGUAGAUGUUUCCCCCGGGGCUUUUGGUGCUGACUUCUGGCCCACUGGGCUCUGGAAAAUAAGUCACUUGUGAAACAGCUUUUUAUCUUAUUGAGCUUUCGAUCAAAUGCCACUGUACAAAACAAAGUAAAAUGCAGUUUUUAAGCUUAACUAGCUUAGCUAACAAAGAGGUUCUAGAGUUGGGAGGUUUAUCCUCUGUUUACAGGGAAAAUGUGGAUACCCAUCAAACUUCACCUGGGAUCAUUUUAAAUGGGCAGUUCAUCUUAUAUUUUUGCAAAGCAACUAGUUUCCAAGAUUUUUGACAGACAUUCUAAUUGUGGUGAUCGGACAGGUACAGUUAAAGGUGUGGUAGGCAGGAUCUGAGGAAGUGCCAGUUUUUGGGGAGAAAUCUUGAAUGUAAACACUACCCCUCCUGACCAGUUUUCCCCUCAGCUCCUCCUCUCUCCUCCCUCUCUGCUCCAGCAAGCCCCGCCCACAAACAGACACUCCUGCUCGCUCGUAUCGUUUCAAUUGAAUUCAGAUAUAACGCAAAUAAAUACUAAAGAUAAUUACAAAUGGGGCCCAGUCAAUGUGAAAGUAAACAGAAUUGAUGCUACUGGAGAUGCCAUCAGACUACCAGCAAACACAACGUUUGCAGGACUUCUACAACUAGGAUAAAGUGACAUAGACCAAGACCCAGGGUAAACAGUUAGCGGCGCUGCUUUGUUUGCAGUCAGAAAGAGUGUAAGUGUAGUGUAAUUUUAAAAUGUUGACUGCACAGACAUAACAAAACACAGCGAUAUCGUUAUAUUACCUAAUGUCAUCAAUAACUUAUAGCUAUUGACUGAUAUUAAAAGCUUUUUGUAUAAACACCACAAAAAAGAUGCUUCUCUAACGGAUUCCUGCCUACCCCACCUUGAAGAAAACAUUUUUUGCAUUGUACUCAAUUGAUUUUUUAUUUUAUAUUUUAUUUUAUUUUAUUGUGAUUAUUCCUUUUUGUAAAAUGAGUGAGUUAAACUCUUGAUUUUGGGAUGUGAUUGGGAGACCUCCAUUUGUUGAUGUGUUUUCACUUCACCAUCUUGAAGUGGUAUAUCACUCAUUCCCUGUGAUCCAUCUUCAAAUCACACAUGCUGAUGUAUCGAGUCCUUGUAUGUGAACUUUUGUGUGUCUGAAGAUGUGUUUUUGUGUGUGCAUAUUUAUGCAUUUAUGUAUGUAUUCCAGCCUCUUCAGUCAAUGAGAUUGAAAUAUGUAUCUCUGAUUUAUUGACUUAAUGUCGCUGCGAGGUUCAGGAAGGGGGGAGGGGCUGGGGCGUCCUUCAUUAGGUUAUGGAAGAGGCGUUCUUGUUCUUGGGGUGAAAAGAUUUCUGUUCAGCCUCUUGCCUGAGGAGAGGGUCUUAGAGUUUGUGUGCAGGGUGAUAGGAGUCAGCUACAAUCUAACCUGCAUGCCUCAGGGUCCUGGAGGGUCGUACUCACCUUUAAAAAUCUUUGAAGGUCAUUUCCUAAAAACUUUCCGUCUUGAACUGUCACCAUCAUUUUAGAAACAUUGUGUUACUCAAAAUAAAGGAUUUGUUUGUGUAUAUUGGUUUUGUUCACACCGCAUGUGUGUGUGUGGGUGAUAGAGCAAUGACUGGCAGUUUGGUUGCCUGACACCCGUCAUCUCCCAUCAUCCCCUUAUUUUAUCCUCAUACAGAAUUAAACAUGACCUUGUGGUAACACAACAUUAACUUCACAGAUUUCAUAUUUUCUGACAUUUCCAUCACAAGAGAAAUUAUUGAAGAAGUUUUAAGCUCUGCUCUAAGCGUGCGCAUGUAUUUUGGUGUAUAGAUAUGAUCCGUGGGCCUUGGAGUCCCGCUCUGUCCCGCUGACUCUGAGUGACAUGGUCGCUAAUCUAAGUUAAUGCUGAGAAAAUCACAAAGUCAAUAAACCUCCAGCGAGCUCUUCGAACGGCCACUUUUAAAGAAGUGAGGGAUGGAGAGAGAUGUCAUGUCUAUUUAAUUGCGAGUGCCACUCUCUGAAUCCUGAGGCAGGAAGCACUUAAUGGAAGCCCCCCAGUUUAUCCCCAUGCUUGAUUGAAUGAGCUGGUUAUUGUGCGAGUCGGCUGCAUCUUUAUCGUGGCUGAAAUACUUCCAAAAGGGAAGGGAUUGUUCAAUUCUGAGGGAAGAUGUUUGAUGUUUCGUUGUUGAUGUUUUUUUGUGUCACUUGGUCCAAAGUUAAUGGAAUAAUUUUGAGAAAAAUAAGAGCCAAGGUUUUCUUCAAAGAUAUGUUAUAAAUUUAGGAAACAAAGCAAAAGAAACAGAUGGCUGAGAAAACAGCCUAUGAGGUUUUCACUUGGUGCUGCUUUACUAAUUCUUUAUUUGAACACACUUUAUAAGAGAGACACACCAAUUUUAGUGUCUGUGGUGUUCUGGUUUCUGUCAGUGGUUUGAAUUAUACUCACACCAGUGUUUCAGCGAGGUUUGGCUCUCCGCCAAAGUCCAUGCACAGAAAGGAGUGUCCAAUUACAAUUUUACUCAUUUUUAAUCUCAGUCCAUCUUGCCUUUCAACUCAAGCUCCUUUCCCACUCCCUAUAAUGCUAACCAGACUAUAAACAAUCCCAAGACAAGGUAAAGAUAUAGUCUCGGCUAGAUGUCUUUUAUCUCUGACCACAGAGUUCACUGAGAGUUGGCCUCUGAUUCCUGAGGCUAUAUCGUCGCUGGACAAAAGAUGAUGGGUUUGAAGAUGGUUGUAUGCUAAAUGUACCAUGGCCUAAAGCAACAAACUCAGACCGAGAUUGGACUUUGUUUAGAUCAGUAAGAACAGGAUGUCCUAGUAACAGAAUAAAAUUUCAUGAUGUUGUUCAUUAGAAUAAGAGAUCAGCACAGAGUUGGGAGCAGAAUUGUGCAGUGUCUGCAUGGAAGAUUGAAAACAAAAGUUGGAAAGAAUCACAGAAAAAAUAAGGGUUAAAAGAGGUCUUCUCAACAUAAAUUAUAUGCCUCUGAAUUGAGAAAUAAAUGGGUGGUUAUGCAGAUAAGAAUACCUAGCAGGGUGAGAAAGACCUGACCUUGAACCCGACUUGUCUUACCCUGAAAACAUUGACAUGAAAAACUCCUUCAUGUGGAUUGAUGAAUCACUUUUGUUAUCUGUUUCGAGUAGGGCUGAUCGAUAAAACGAUAACGAUAUGUAUCAAAAAUUAAUUUCCCUCAAUAUCUUUUUCACUGCCUGAAGCAGUGCCACACGACAGAGCAUGUGCAAUGCAAAAGGUUACAAACCCCGAGCGGAGAAAGUAGCCCAUGGUGCCCCUGCAGCCAAAACAGCCGACCAUUCAGUCCGCUUUCUCUAGCGUAACGCCCUACGACAAAACGUCAUAGAGACACAAAGGCCUCACAGAUGCAGUAGCUCAUUGUACUGUAAAAUUUCAUUUAUUUAUAUCGUGAUAUAUAUCAACUGAUAUGAAAAAAAUAUAUUGUGACAAAAUUUUUCCCAUAUCGCUCAGCCCUAGCUUCAAGUAUUCAGCAUAACCAGGGGAUACAUUUCAUCACAUUUUCUGCAAAAGGGAUUCCUAAAUUCCUAAACUUUCUCUUUUUCAGAGCUAAAUCUUCUCCGGUGCUCCAUGUGAUGUUGAAAGAAACUCCUCCAGUGGAGACACAAUAUUAAUGGUGUCCUUCCCUGACAGCUAUUGUGUGCUGCAUUAAGGAUACAGUGAUUUGCUGUGUCACCCAAGCCGCCAGGGUCAAGCCUCCAUUUUAUUCUCUAACCCGUAUGUCAUUUACAGUGUGACAAAAUAUAAUUUGCUGGACAGCGCGCCUUCAUACCAAAAGCAUGUGUCAUGGACAGGCAAGGUCACUGUCAGCGCCCCCCCUAUCCCCGACUCUUCCGUACAUGGUGUCCUCAUGAUUUGUGAUAGCAGGUCAUGAGUCAAAGGCGGGAAGGUGUCGACACUCAAGAUGAUUAAAAAAUUCCUCUGGAUACACGUAGUUCAUAAAAACAGAGGCAGCUAUAGAUCCUCCCUUUGUUAUGUUGACUCUGAUGUUCAUAUAAGGAAAAUAUCUUGUGGUACUCUGCGGUAAUUGCUUUUUUUCCUCCGCUUUAAAAUAGUCUCCUAAUUUCUCACAUGGUUGCACUUUUUAAGAUGUCAACCCAGUGUGCGCUAAAAUGAUUCAGGGGCUGAUUACUUUGAAACGUGACCCUUAUUUUCGAGUUCACCUUACUGAUAAUAGAGAAGCUUUCAUUCGCAAAAUUCCUGCUUUGUUAGAUUUUUUUUUUUGUUUGUUUUUCAAUGUUAUUCUUCAGCAGAGGUUACUGACAGCCAUGACAGCUCUGACUACAUAGGCGGGUGGCAAAACAAACACGACUCUGCUGAUUAGCACAGACAAUGCAAAACCACAGGUCGACUGUAAACAAGCAGCAGAGUUGCUUGACAGACUGCAAUCAGGUAAUUUAUGUAUUUUAUUUUACUUUUCAAUCAGCAGUACUGUUAACUUUGAAAGUGUUAUUUCAGCAGUAUAUUUUACCCCAUUAGAUUUAAUGUUUUGUUCUGUUUUUAAGCUGAAAAGUGUUUGUGAGGGAGGGAACUGUGUGCACCACAUGAUACAUACUGUAGGCUUACACUGUGUUCUCAUGGGGGUGUCAGCGGGACUUAACGUGGCCUGAUUCUUCACAGAGGCAAGUGUUGAUGUCGCUAUGCCACACCCCUGAUUUUACUGUAAGGGGGGAUUCCUUUGUUUCUACCAAAGUGUUAACAUGAGAGACUAACUGCGUUAUUUAUUCCAUAUAUCUGAUAAGAGAAAUCUUAUUGUUUACAGUGUAUGAGGAAAAUGUCCAAAUUUAAUCCCCCGCUGACACAGUGCCCAUGCAAUUCCACCUCACAAGAGGGGCGAUACAGUAUACCCAGAUGCUGCUAUUUUCGCAGGGAAUCCAGCCAUGAAAUGUGUUCUGGAGCAUUAUAUUGAGAGGAGAGAAGUGGACAUUCAGGCUGCAUUCAGUGUAGAUAAUGAGGACUAUAUGAUGAUGUGAGCUAUUUGGAUGAGCAGACACAGAUCAUACCUCCAAUCUGGGCUAUUUUCUAAAUGCAAAGUUACAUUAUUUUAUCAAUCUUUACACAAAAUACAGAUAUUGUAUUCUCACUCUUAGAAUUGUCACAAAAGCGCCCACAGUUUUUUUUUUUUUUUCCUAUAAAAGUAAGAAAAGCAAGUGUUGUUAUUGUUUACAUUGACAUAUAACACAUGAGAGCACCUAUGUGAAGGGUAUUUUUCCCAUGAAGAGUCACAAAUUACCUUCUGAUGAUUUGAAGCAUUUCGGAAAACAACCAGAGCCAAAUCAUCCUGUGUGGUUGAAAUAUACAAUAGCUACACACACAGCGGAGCAUGAUGAAUCCUCAUGGGUUUAGCAGAGCUGUCAUGUUGCUUUAACAGCUUCAUCACAGUUUUUCCUCCUGUAGCAUCAAGGUAGAAACGGGUCGCUGGAUCUUUAUGUUUGCAAAACUGCACAUCUCAACGUCUACCCUCAUGGUUUGUCUGAUCAUAAUAAAGAGCCUGUUAAAGUCUGAAUGCCACCGCUGAAUCCUGUUCUCAUUGAUAGACUUUUCUGCUUUACCCUCAUCCCUCCUUUUUCCAUCCUCCAGUACAAACAAGUGGAGCAGUACAUGUCCUUCCACAAACUCCCAGCCGACUUCCGACAGAAAAUCCAUGACUACUACGAGCACAGAUACCAGGGCAAGAUGUUCGAUGAGGAGAGCAUCCUUGAGGAGCUUAAUGAGCCUCUGCGCGAGGUACGAAAACACCCGAGCAUCCUCUAUAAUGUGCUCAUUCACCCACAAAUGCACUCACUUCUCAACUCUCCACAGAGUAAGUGGAGUGGAAUAAAUUCAUUAUGGUGCUCAGUUAUGGUCGCAUUUUCACAGCUCAGUGGUUUAAAGGUAAUUUCCAGCCUAAGUAUUUAUUAUUAUCUGUUUAAUUUAUUUACUUAUUCACUAGUGAUUGAACAAAAUGGCCUUGAGUUAUAACUAGUGUGUUUUAAAGUAAUAAACCACAAGUUAAAUACUGUAUUAGUUUCUUUUAACUUAGCUCUGUCAAGCUAUUACUUGGCAAACAAUGAAAUCAGUAGUGCUUGCUCAUCUUUUACUUGUAAUUUUGGAGAGUAAACACAGAUAAUUUCCCUUUUAGUAAAAAAAAGCUAUGACCACCCCAGAAAACUGGGAGUUUUACUGGUGGUUCAACCCCAAGUAAAGCUAAAUCUUAAAGGUAAGGUGUGUGGGAAUAGAAACAUUUAGUGAUAUCAAGCUGUCAGAUUUUAGACUGAAAAAGUGCUCUCUUGCUCACCCCUCCCAUUUGUUGAAAAAUGCUCAUUUAAAGUUAACAAAAACAUUUUGUAUAUAUAUUUUCUGGUGAUUUAAACACACUUCUGCCAAGUCUUUUAAAACACACAUAUUACUACACACUGUGUCCUUAAACAUUCAUUUUCCACUUCUGUUUGAUGCACCACUGAAUGAAAUGAAGUCAACAACCUGACAGUAUCCAUAACACCACUACGAACCAGUGCUUUUUCUUUUCACCCUACCAGGAAAUCGUCAACUUCAAUUGCCGUAAACUGGUGGCUUCCAUGCCGCUGUUUGCUAACGCCGAUCCCAACUUUGUGACAGCCAUGCUGACCAAACUGAGAUUUGAAGUCUUCCAGCCCAAAGACUACAUCGUCAGAGAGGGCACCAUCGGCAAGAAGAUGUUCUUCAUUCAGCAUGGGGUGGUGAGCGUCCUCACCAAAGGAAACACCAGCAUGAAGCUCAUGGACGGCUCUUACUUUGGAGGUAAAAUUCAAAUUCUUCAUGUAGAUGUAGGAUUUUCUACGAAAGAAGAUUUGGGCCACAUGAUGAGAAAAAAAUAUAUAUUAUAGGAAGGAGAUAAAAGAUUAGAGUCAAAAUUUCGAGAUUAAAAAAAAAUCAAAAUAAUGUCAAUUAAGUCGAAAUUUCGAGAUUAAAAAUAGAAAUUUCAGGAUUUAAGUCAAAAUCUCAAAAUAAGAUGUCGAAAUGUCAAGAGUAAUGUCAAAUUUUCGAGAUUAAAAAAAAUUCAAAAUGUUAAGAUUCAAGGCGAAAUUUUGACUUUAUUUACGUAAAUUUGAUUUUUAAAAUCUCAACUGUUUUCGAUCUUGACUUGAAUCCUGAAAUGAAAAUAAAAAAAAUCUCCCUCCUGUAAUUAUAUUUUUUUCUUCUUGUGGCCCUAAUCCUCUUUCAUAAUUAUCACUGUUCUCUACCUAUAGUUUUUUUACUCAGCUCUCUUUUAGCAUAGCUAGAUUGCCAUGCUACUUUAGCUAGCAAAGCUAGCCUAGUCGGGACCAGGUAGUUUUCAGAGAUUAGACAGACUGAAAAUCACAGUUCUCUAUGACAAUCGUCUUUGUGGGCAGUUUUUGAUCCUCAGCUAAAAAACACCUAUAGAAACAUUUGAAACUGUAAUGUUAUGUCCUCAACAUUGUGGAAGAAAGCCAUGCAGUGACAGUCGUCUAUACUGUAUGCAUCACAGCUCAGAGCAUCUUCAUUCAGCUGGUGAUGAGCAUUAUCUGACCUUUCUUCGUCUUUUUGCUUUCGGUACAUUUAACACUACGGUAAAGAGGGAUCACAGCAUCUUUGCCCACUGGAUUAGGUUCUUCCGCCAAGUGCACUUCAAGCUUGUUUUGUGGUCUGAAAAUAAAAAUCAAUAAGUCUGAAGGUAUUAGUCACAGAUUAAACCUAAUCAAUAAUUACACAAGGAUUUUGGAUUUUUCCAAUAUUGCUGGACUUUUUGCCAUUGAGUCCAAUUUAAAGGAUGUGUCCUUGUAGGAAUGAGACAGUAGUGCAUACCCUCAGUUGCUUUUAUGAUACUGAGCAUUACUUCUCUGUUUGUGGCAGUAAUACUACAGAAAACUACAAACAUCACAUGAUAGACUAGAAAAAGCGAGGAGAGAGCAAGAAUAGAAUGCUCUGUUAUUUUUCUCAUUCUUUAAGCUUUCACAUGUUUUAUUUACUCGCCAGAUCCCUAAUUGAUCUAUUACUGUAGUAUCACAUAUAUUAUUCACUAUAUUGUUCAAAUAAGAGACAGAAAACCAAAUAAGGAUCAUUCUAAUAUUUGUCUUGGACUUUCUGAGCUGUGAUGCCUCACAGCCACUUCUGUCCCACUUUUACAGGCUAUAUCCUCUGCUGUUUAGAAACAUGAGUGUAUCACCCCAAAACCCACAAACACACACCGACACACACACCCUCAUAUGCACAUGUACACACUCUUAUUUAAGGCUUGAUGACUUGGGAUACAUAUUUAACAUCUGGCGCUUUCUGCAGAGGUCCAGAGUUCUCAGCAGUGAUGUUGGUGUGCCAGAAGCUCAGGACGCCAUUGGAUGGCAUAGAUACAAAACACACAGGGGUAUAUAAACAUCACACAUACCAACAGCCAAUUAAUAACAGCUAAUUAGUUAAGCACAACAGUGAUGAUAGGGGUCAUUUGUGAUGUCAAACAGACGCUUCAUAGUCUUCCUUCCGACAGGGAAGAAACUGCAGGUCUUCAUUAAAACAUGAAACGAUUAGUGGGUCUGGUUUUAGAGGGACACCAUGGUUUAAAGACAGCUGUGAAGAGCCGCUGUAAGAAUCUGUGUAAAACUCCAACAUAAAUGAAGACAUAUAGAUUGUGAUGUUAAGAUUAACCUGUACUCUCUGACAAUUUUUUAUGCAUCAGUCUCUUGAAUUGGCUCUCCUGUAUUCUGCAUAAAAAAGACAGCUUUUGCAAAAUAACUUCUAACUGUAAAUGUAGCCAAGUUUGCAGCUUGUUUUUUUCUUUUUUUUCCAAGACUGCAAUCUGGCAGAACAAUGCCCUGUUGUUCAGACACUUCUCUCACAUAGAUAAUAAACCUUUUCUUUUUUUAAAAACAGCAUGGACUAGAAGUUGGUUUGGUUGAAGAAUCCAAAGCAUAUUUAACUGAUAGUAACAGAUGCAUAUUAAAUGCCUGAAAAUCUGUGUGGGCUUAUUUUACUGCUUUUGUGAAAAAAAGCCUAACCUGCAGCAGUCACAAUAUGCUGCCUCAAACUCAAGUUUGGUCUCAUACUUAUACUGUUAACUUAGUAUUUUCCUUUACAGUAGAUUAUGAUUGAAAGCUCAGUAGGUUGUCUGUCAUUUUGAUGGAUUAGACACUGAGUGUGAUCCACUGUACCAUUCUUUCUGGUGGAAAAUAAUACCUUAAAAAUGCUUCUCAAAUUUGCAAUAAUGCCUAUGAUACUAUUGAGACAGAGAAAACAUUUGCACAGUUGUGAGCCAGACAUAGCAGCCGUGAAGAUGAUUUAGCUUGCACACAACACCUCGUUGUCUCCCUCCCCACAGAACACAUAUAUUUGGCAUUUUCUUUUAUUACUGCCUGUAAUUGUGAUCUUGGACAAAUGUUUUUUUAAGUCCUUGAACAUUAAGCUAAGAAAAUGUAUGUGUUGCUGCUCUGUUGUGUUUCUUCUUAAAAUCUAUUGAUUUUCAUGGCAAUAAAAUGUGUUUGAUACUGAAAUGAUGGUUGUUAGAGAGGAAAGUGGUGUGUCUGCAAAAUUGAGCAACGUGAGUCCAAAAAGUCUAGACAAGGCUCUGCAUAAGGCUAAAUAAGAGAUUCAGAGACUGAGCCAGUGAUGGGCAUAGACUGACGUACAGUGUAAAUAUUAUUACUACUCAGCUGUACGACUCAUUUUUAUAACCCUUUCCAUUAAAUUUACAGACAGUAAGUGAGUCUUGCAACCUCUGCUUUCAUUUUAACAUGGAAACUGUCCCCCCAGGAUUGCCGGGUUUUUUUUUUAACUUCCUCUGUUUUUCACCAUGUUUGAGGAAGGUCAGCUGUCCUGUCUGCAAGUUAAAACUUCAGCCCGAUGAUUUGAACAGUUAUUACUGCAGCCCCCAUGGUUUCAUUAGCAUUGUUUUCCUCUCCCAGCACUUUUAAUACAGCCAACUUCUUGCAAAUGCUAGUGUUGUGUACAACCAAGGAGAUCCCUGAUGACAGUUUGUGCAAAAGGCACUUAAGGUGUUUUGUGGUUUGUGAAAGUUUUCCUCAGUUCUGAAAAAAAAUGAGCAGCUGCCAUGCUUAUAACUUAUUCUACCUAAAAAAAAAUAAAUAAAUGGUAACACUUUGUUUGACGCCUAUAAUGCAUUAUGAAUACAUGUACAAUGCAUUAUAAUCACGUUAUAGCACUGUAUAACCAUAGUUAUAAACACGCAUAAAUGAUCAUAAUGCUUUAUAACAAUAAUCACAACACACUAUAAAGCAUUUUAUCAUGACUUACAAGGUCAGGUAUUAUAAUGUGUUAUAACUGUUUUAUAAUGUGUAAUAACUGUUUUAUAAUGUGUAAUAACCGUUUUAUAAUGUGUAAUAACUGUUUUAUAAUGUGUAAUAACUGUUUUAUAAUGUGUAAUAACCGUUUUAUAAUGUGUUAUAACUGUUAACAACAAUUGCAUUGCAUUAUCUAUGUGGGCAUUGUCAGUGAGUUGUUAACAGUUAUUACACAUUAUCAUACCUGACCUUGUAAGUCAUGAUAAAAAGCUUUACAAUGUGUUAUGAUUAUUGCUAUAAAGCAUUAUGAUCAUUUAUGAGUGUUUAUAACUAUACUUAUACAGUUCUAUAAUGUGAUUAUAACGCAUUAUACAGAUAUUUAUCAUGCGUUAUGGAGAUAGGUGUCAAAUGAAGUGUUACGAUCACUUGCAUUUGAACCAUUGACAACAAGUAAAAAAUAAAAAUCACCUUGUUAUUUACAGUUAGAAAUUUACAUGAUGAUAUAAUGACCAGAUGUCAUGGUUCAGUCUUAAGAGGUUUAUUAAAUACAUCCUACAGCUUCAUAUUUCAUGACCCGGGCAAACCGGAGAGCAUCAAACACAGCAGAGUAAGCAGUGAGGGGUUUGUCUGAACAGACUAUAAAUCAGUAAUCUACCAAGGAAAAAUAAAUCCUUUAUUAAAAGGGAGGAUACAUGGUCACAAUGAAGGUCACAUUUAAAUACCCUGAAUAAAACCCCUGCAGUCAUAAUCCAGCCUGUAUCCUGUUUUCUAUGUGUGGUCUGUAUGUACAGCAUGUAUCUGUUCUAUGAAGAUAGUAUAGGUUUCUACAUGUCAGGGAAGACACACUGAGUAUAUCUGGAAGCUGUGGAUCUUAUUAUUUUUAUCUUUUCCUUUAGGGUAUAGUGAAACAUUUUAGAAAAGUAAACAUCUUUGCUUUCUUGCCAGUGCCAAGCACCAGUAGCUCACAUUAGUUUAAAAACAAGAAAAGAUAAGGAGAGGAAGAGCUUGCCUGCAAUUUCCAUACUUCCAGUCCAACUUAGUGGGAGCUCUAAAGGUAAAAUAUUACUGUUUGAUCAUUCUUAAGGGAAUUUUUAAAAGUAAGGAUAUGUUUUUGCAAGUUUGAGAGCCAGCAGGUUUCACAGUGCAACCCACUCUCUUCCCAACACCUGAGAAGCCAGAAGAAAGAGUCUUUUGAGCUCUGUGAGGUGUCUGUGCCUAGAAUACAUAGCUUAAUUAAUGGCCAACAGUUAGUGUCACGCUUCCUUGCUUGUUGAAAAAUAUAAAAAUCAUGAAUCAUUGUGUACUUCUUGUGAAAGAAAAUUUUUGUUCAACUAAAGUAACUUCAUGGGCAAAAUGGAAUAUCCAGGCUGUCCUUUUUAGGUUCAUUUUUUGAAUUAUUUUGUUCAAAUUGAUACAAAAAAGUCAAAUGAAUAGUAAGGGAUGCUCAAGAAGAAGAUAGGUAUAAUAAUAAUAAUAAUAAUAAUAAUAAUAAUAAAAUGAUAUUAAUAAUAAUAACAAAAUUAUAUUGAUUGUAAUAGUAAAUAUAAAAUAGAAUAACACAAAUGAGCAAGAAAAAACAAUGAAAUCAACAAAAGGCCUAAUAGGUAAAAUAAGAAAAGAUAAUAAGCAUAACAAAGGCUAAAAAGACAAUAAUUCAAAAUAAGAUAGAGGUAAAAGAGAUAAAAGAUAAAAGAAAAAAGAGAAAAGACAGCAUCACAUAAUAGCUAUUGUAUGCUAUUUAUUCUGUUAGAUGGAGCUAGGUUAGUCACAUUUCUCUCUUAAUGUCCACAAUCCAAGCUAAGCUAAGUUGAGCUAACCAACUGUUGUUUGUUAUUAAACAAACCUGAAACUUGUGUUUGAAUUCAUUAAAUUCUUGAAACAAAGUGAAGAGAUAUGAGUCUCAUUCGAGCGCAGCACCUUAAAGGUCCUUACACACCAGGAAUGAUGCAAAUAUAUGACGCGAAAUUACGAAAUAUUCGGAGGCGAAUUUUGACGUGCCUGACCACACACAUCAAGCGCGAUGCGAUUUUGCGACUUUGGAAGACGCAUCCCGGGUGAAAGCAAGAAGACUGACACAACAGCAGACUGACUGUUUUUUAGUUCUGAUUAGACUCUACUGUUGAGAUGGCUUUCUCUCAUGAUAGCAAGUACUGAGUCGGGGCCAGUACCAGAUAAGCACGUUAAAGUAUAAUCCAUAUACGUAAGGUAACAACCAAGACCUAACGGUGCUGUGACAGCAACGCGAUUGAGUUUGAGACAGUGAAAAUACAUAUGGUAUGUUGUAUCUGAACAGGUUAGCUUAUGAGCUAAAGUUACUUAGCACAGGUGAAAGUUAAAACAAAGACGUUUAGCAAACUGUUAAAGCACACAAACCAUCGUCAUAUGAGAAAUCCGAUGCUAUGACUCUCCACAAGUUGUCCUUCAGGUCGUUAUCUUUGUAAUGUUUGUGUCUUUUAUCAAAAAGCACUCUGUUCUCUGACACGUAAACAAUCAGCUGGUCGGCCAUGUUGGAUAUACCGGUGAAUCUGACAUCGCAACAACACGCAAUCUGAUUGGUCAGAAGUGGACACACAGUAUGUGAAAUUUUAGAAAAUUCUACCGUCGCUGAUGUCAACGCUUGUAUCGACAGGAUACGGGUUCGAAAAAAAAUAUUGACGUCCGAAAUAAUUGCACAAAAAAAAAAAAACGCUCUCGGUAUGUAAGGACCUUAACACAUGCUCCUAAUGAAGUUUUUUUCAUUUUGUUAUUUUUCUCUUUCCCCAUGACAGAGUCAGUUCAGAUUGACCUUUCAUGUUGGGAAAAGGAGGUCAUAUGGUUGUCAAGACAACAGUAGGCCCCAGCCCAUUGAGGAAUAAAACUAGAGAGAAGAUGACACUCAGGGAGGAGAAGAAGGAACAUGUGAAUGAAAUGAAGCAUAGCAGCACAUCUCCAAAUAUAGAGUGUGCUUCUACUGCACACCUGUCAGCACUGUGCUACUGCUCGAGGAAAUACUCUGUUUCACCAUCAGUGGGUUAGAUCGGCCGCUCAGGACCACUGCAUGAGAAGACCACACAUCUGUGAAAUGCUGAGAGGUUUUACACUCCAGCCAGUGGGAAAACGAAUGAUUUCAAAUAUCAAGGCUGCUGAAAUGAACUUUAAGUUUAUGUGGAAAAUAUCUAAUUUCACAGAUAGUAUUCAGAGUGAUAUUAAGAGGGUAUUUGUGACUUUAGGUCUAGUUUCAUAGGUUAUCAAUUUGAUGCUGCUGAAUGAAUCUCACUGUGUUUUGAGUACCUGUUUUUUCUCCGCCUGUGCAUCUGACACCCUGAAUUCUGUCACUCAGCUGUUUUGUAAUGUGACUGUCUCUCGUCUGUUCUGUCACCAGAAAUCUGUCUGCUGACCCGUGGCAGACGGACAGCCAGUGUGCAAGCAGACACCUACUGUCGCCUGUAUUCGCUCUCUGUGGACAAUUUCAAUGAGGUGCUGGAGGAGUAUCCGAUGAUGAGGAGAGCUUUCGAGACGGUUGCCAUCGACAGAUUGGACAGGAUUGGUAAGAAGACACCUGGGUUCACAGGAAUCACACCAUUUUAUGUUUCUUGGAUUUUGUUUGAUUUCAGAACCCGCAUUUGAUUAUCUGACUGAUUUAUACCUCUGAGAGUGAAGCUGAACUAUUAAGCCAAUCAAGCAGAUGUAGCCAGCAGUCAGAGAUGAAUGUCUCCCAGAGGCAACAGUUUGGAUCAAAAGUAAAGCAAAAUUAAUCCCUCCAGAUAUGUCAGAUACACAUAUAUUCUCUCUCUCUAUUUAGAAAAAAACCCUGUUUACAUUAGAGGUGUUUCCAACAUUUCUCUGCCCACAUGACAACACAGAAAUGGUUGAAAACACCAAUGUAAGCAUGCCGGGCCAGUAGGAGUCAAUGACAUGUAAUCAGUCUGUCAGGUCAAGCAUUGUCGAGGGACAUUUUGUACAUGCUUAUUGAGCGUCCUUUCGAGUGUGUAAGAGUUCUUUUAACUGUGCUCAGAGUUGUUUGGUGUGAUGUAUUUACAUGACUAUGCAGUCAGAAUCAAGCAGAUUUAGAGAAAAAAAGCAUAGCCCGCCAUCUUGGCACACGCACAAUACACAUAAAGAACAAUUGCCAUGAGGUAACAAUGUCAGUGUUUGACAGAAAGCUCUAUACUUGCUGUCCAAGGGAACAUAGACAAAACAGUUUCCAGUUUUUGAAAACCUCUUUAUUUAGUGACCUAAAACUCCAGUUAAGUGUAGAUUAUUGAAGAACCAAUCUAUGUUUUUACAAAUAUCCACAUGGACAGGACCUCAGUUUCACUGUGUAUAGUAAACACACAGAGGCUUCAAACUGGCUGAUACUGUAGCAGUAUGAACACAAAGAAGGAACUGAGUGCCUUGAAUUUUUUCACAAUAAAAGCAUCAUGACUCAAAUUUGUAAAAAGUGAAAAUACAAGCUUUGUCAGGUCUGUCCUCUUAAGGGGAAACAACAUUUAAAAUGUAUGUGUUGCUAAAUAGAGGUCAAAUCAUUCAGUUGUGAUAUUCCAGAUAAUGUUUAUCUUCAAUGUUGAUCUUCCUUUUGGACACAUGGUCAAAAAAAAAAAGUGUAAUAGAUUGCUAACAAUACUUGGAAGUAGACACCUGUAUGUACAAAAAGAUACCUGUAAACAUCUGAUGUGAAGCUUUUAAAAUGAUGUUACAUCUAUCAGAUUGAAUGAGCACAUCUGGACACAAACCAUUUCUAUGUGCUAGAAUACCAAGUCGAAUCCACAAGGUUCCAACUUUCAUGCUCUUCAUGAUCUUUUCAAGGACAAAAUGUACUAUUUCUACACAAAUUUAAUUUAUUUAAUGUAUCUUAGCGAGAUUGAGUCAAAGACGAUGAGCAUUAUGCCUGACUGGUUAAAGCCCCAGGUAUGGUGUCGUCACGAUUAAAUGAGCCAUUCAUAAGAUGAAAUGAAGCAUACAGAAAAUGUGCUCAUUCAUUAGCAUGAUGUCUCUGUCAAAACAGUGCGCUCGCUGACAGCUGUGAGGUGAUCUAUGAAUGAUCCUAACAAUGUGUGGAGGAAGGCAUUGUGGCUGAAAACGCGUGCACGAAUAUGAAUCUUCUAUCAGGUAGUUGCUUUAGUAUAAAUCUAUUGUGGUAAUUAAUUGCAUGCCGCGUAUACCUGCCACUUUGCAAAAUUAAUACUUGACCUGUUAGACGCUUGUGAAUACCACGAUAGGAGCUGUUGGGCGAGAUCUCUCUUUUAUAUCACUGUACUACCUAAGUCUCUUUCUGAACGUCUUUGGUGGGACCACAGAAACAGUCACAAACAUGCAGGAAGAUGUUUUGUCUCUUUCCAGCAUUGGGAGCUCAAUGAUAGGAAGUAUGUGGACACAUUUUCUUUCUUCACUAUGCAAACUUCCCCUCCUUAACAUACCCCCUACGGUCGGCAGUCCCAUCGAUGUCACAUCCCCACUCACAUGGCCACACACUUCACAUGUUUACAAAAGCCCUGCAUCCGCCACCUGCCAGCUGUUGCCAUGGCAGCCAGAUUCCACACAUGAGCAGCCUCCAGUCAGUCCGCUCACAUAUUUGAAGUGACAUAUUUGCUUCAGACCAAAUACCCGACCAAAAUAUCCCAGCAAACUGUGUGCUCUGGAUGAGUAUGAACCAAUAACGAUAGGAGGCUUUGUUUGAACUUGUCAAUAAAACUUGUCAGAAAAAGUGCCUGGAUCAAAACAAAGAGGCAGAAUAAAGGUUGAAAAUGUAGGAUGUAAAUGUAAUGUAAACGUUGACGGAAACUUUGUUCCCUUUUUGGUGUAAAAACUGACUGUCAGUGUGUCUCAUUUUUACAUCCAGAGAAAUACAAUUCUCGACAGAGAUGCGUAAAUCUUUAUAUUCUUGCAUGUAUACAGAUCGCAUUGCAACCAAGGGUGCUUGUCGAGGAUUAGCUCAGUCUGUAACUCUAAAACUAUAUCAUAGAUAACCAGACUGAGACCGCAAGCAAUCUGUAUAUUCAUAAAAACUCUGUUAAAGCCCCGUCAGCCAUUCCUUUAUAGAAGAGCUUAACACCUGUCUGCCGUCAUCAGGCCCUUAAUGCAUCGAACUGUAAACAAAAUGUCACAUAUGACUGGAGAAGAGGCUGUAAGAAGGAGGCUGUAUCGCAGUGAUUUAUGGGUGUUGCUUGGUAAUAAGAUGGCAUUGUUGUCAAAGCAAUGCAACAAAUAUGUGGCUCUUUGAACUGAUGGAGCUGCUUCCAAACCCUGAUUAAUGCUACAUAGAAAAUAGACUGCAAUUAUGUAUUUCCAAGUCUUUGAACCCUUCACAGUACCUUCAGUACAUGCCAGCUUUGACCCUUUCACACUGCCCAUCACAGUCUCAUGCAAACACACCCACGGCUUUGUCUCCAAAAGCAAUUUAAUGUUUCAUGUCUUGUCCAGGACGCUUGGGCAUGUGGAUUACAGGAGCUGGGCUCAAAUCACCAAAUGUCCCAUAGAAGAUAAUCAGCUUAAACUCUACCUCCACCUAUACAUUAGCACUUGAGAAGGCUUCUGCACCCACCUUCCUACCAUCCUUCCUUCCUAAAUGUAAUUACAAUGCUUUCUCCCCCUUAAAAAAAAAAAAAAAGCAGUAGUUCCCUACCAAUUUUGCAUGUUGUUUUUCCAGUCUACUGCGGGGUGAGCAGAGAUUCCUUUACCUCCUUCCUCCAAACUCUGAUUAAUGACCAUGACACCUUGUCUGCCAAACCACUUUGGUUCACAGAUGGCAUCCAUGCAAGAAGCCAGGAGCUUGACAAUCACCACAGUCUGAAUGCUUUGCUUUUUGGCCAAGUGGCUGACUAGAGUUAGAGUAGAACAAGUUAAAACUCUGCCUUCUUGAUCUCUUUGUUACAUGAGGAUCACACAGACGGUUUUGGUGACUAGGAGCUUGUCUUUCUUUCCAACUUUCUAGGAAACUUUAUAUGUCUCACUACCAGGCAGAUUGUUUGUGAUUGUAGUGCAGAAUUGUAAUACGCACCACUGACGCUGCCCACACACACUUAUCAUCUGAGAAACUAACUAAGGUAAAAGCAUAUGGAAGAUCAUCUGGAUGCAGCUAAGAAAACCAGCAAGUGUCUGAAAUCUUGUAUGAGGUCCUGGAUUUCCUCCCCGGCACUGAAGAAAAGCCAGAGUGGCCUGCAGCAUCAACGUUUCUUUAAUGGCGAACAGCUUCACAUAUGGACAGAUUUUUGCUCUGUUGGCAUGAUAAAGCAUCAGUAACCAAAAGCCAAACCAUUAAGUCCACCAGAAAGCCCAAUUCUGCUUUCAGAAAAUAACUCUUACAGGCUGUUGCUUUUCAGUUUGCUUUUCCAGAAUUGUUCGUUGUUUGCAGUCAUGUGAAUUCUUAACCCCCCCCCCAAAAAUUAAUCUAUCAGAAAAUUAUGAAUCAGAAGGGCACAAGGAGGGAAUGCUUUUUUAAAAUCACAUAGCUUUACUUCUUUUUAUUUUUUAAAUAUAUAUAUUGCUGAGGAGUCAAAACUAACAAAACAACUUGGGGUUUUAAACAGCUUGAUAGCUAAAGUGUAGACAAAGUCGAAUGUGAGUUAAAGAGAGGGCACGUCCUUAAAGGGUUAUUUAAGUCAUUCUAAUUUAGGCAUGAGCUUUCCAGAAUCCACAUGUUAUGGGAGACCUUUUUGUUAGAAGGGCAUCGCUGCCAUUAUGAAUUUGUUCCAUUUUUUUUAGCUGAGAUUUUUUUGGAGGCUAUUUGCCUUUUGUUUUUAGGACAGAAAGAGAAAGACAGGAACUGUGUAAUGCACCAAAUCAGCCAAGACCAGACCAAUGUAACAAGGUCCUUUGUAGAGGGGGGCGCCUGCUCAACCAACUCAGCCAAACUCGUGUCCCAUUUUCUGUAUUUUGAUGUGAAGUCAUGUUUGAGCAUGUCUUCUGUUUUAUAAGACUGCGUAUGUGGCAUUUAUCUACCAUGUUUGGCUGUAUCUUCUUUUGCAUACCUUAGUUUUUCAGUAAAUUCAAAGUUUCACAGUCAGGCCAACGGAUACAAAAGUUGCUUUAACAUGCGUAACCAUGCUUUUACUGGGUACUUGAUUGUUAGUUCUUGCAUAGAACACGAUCGGAGCAAAGAACUCGCGGCACUUUUGCAAGGCAUCCAUCAUCUCAUUACAAAUAUUGUGUAACAAAAUUGCGACUCACCCAGAAAACACACCAGUCAUCUUCAAGUCCAUACACACAUGCAUGCACAAACACAAGCUUUUUUUCAUCGUAUAAAAGGAGUUCAUCAAUAGGAGUAGCAGCAGAGAUUAAAAGAAUAAACUGGCUCUAGAAAUGCUAUAUUUAUAACUGCAAAAACUGCUGGCUGGCAGAAAUACUGGCCAGUUUCUCUUUACAGAGAAUCUGUAUGAAAGAUAAGAUACUCUCUCUCUAUCUGAGAGUGUGUUUAUGUGUUUGUCAGUGAUAGAUUUUGUGCUGGGAGAUAAUGACAGAUAGUUCCAUUUAUAGCUGAUCUUCUCCACUGAGGCCAGGCAUAAAGGAAGAAUAAAGUUAAACAUAAAUCCUAAAAAAUAAGAAUGAGAAUGAACAUGCCAAUACCCAGAAUACCAAGUUUUGUUGAUGCAAUCAAAGCUGUUCAACUGUAAUUAGCUGUUGUUUUAGCUACAAUGCUAAUUCCUGUCUCCAUUUAAUUGCAGGCAAGAAAAACUCCAUCCUGAUGCACAAAGUUCAACAUGAUCUGAACUCGGGUGUUUUCAACAACCGUGAGAACGAGAUGAUCCAGGAGAUAGUUAAAUACGACCGGGAGAUGGUUCAGCAAGUUGAUGUACCCCGACAGAGGGCCAUGUCCAUGACACCUCCUUUACAUGGUGGCCUCUUUCCUCCAUCAAGUUCCUCCAUCCAGCCACCAAGUUCUGCAAUUGCCACUUUGCAGCAAGCUGUAGCCAUGAACUUUUGUCCCCCCAUGCAAGGGAACUCGGUAGGAGGGGGGAACCUGCAGUCCCCGAGGAUGGUUAGGAGAUUCCAGGUUAUAGAAAGUGCACCCAGCCCUGCCUCAGCCUCUCCACUGCAGUCUCAGCUCUUUGCUUCUGGUGCCUUUGCUCCCGUCCUGUCUAGCCCCCCUGUCCAGAGCCCCCUGGCAGUUGGAGGGCGAUCAUUCCAGUAUGGAGCUGGUGCCAUGGGCGGUCCAAACUCAGGCUCCCAGCUUUCUCUAGCCCAGCAGCACACAGCCAGCCCUGCACACAGGCCAAGCACACAUAAGAGUACCCAUUCCUUGCAAAUGGACAGUCUGAGCCAAGAUGCCAGGGCACUGUCUGCCUCUCAGCCCUCACUGCCUCAUGAGGGGGCACAACCAGGCGCCCCCAGUCCGCCCCACUCCACAAGAGUCUCUUCCACUUCCAUUGGACCCAGUCAGUCCCCAUCUGGUCACACAGGUGUCCGGAGUGCAAUUUCACACAGGGUCGUUCUGCCCCACCAGAUGUCCUUCCCAGCAGCAACCCUGCCUGGAUCCAUGCAGGGUUUUGGAGCUGGUCCAGGACUGGCAGUAGGAGGUUUGGGAACAGGUCAUGGAGAGUCAGGACUGCCCAAGAAAGACUCAAUAUCGAGCCUUCCUGAGACUGAACAUGUCAAAGUUAGAUCCAGGCUUUCCUCAAACUUGUGAUCUUAAUGAGACUCAACUGGAGGAGUGACUCAAUCAGGGGUUUGACUGCAGGAGCGGAGAUUUCUUUUCUUCCUACAGUUCCUCUUCUCUUUUCCACUCCAGUUUGACUAUCUGAAUGUAUGAAUGUCAAUGGAGUGGCAGCAGGGAGAGUCUAUACGGAGACUGUUCUUACAUCAUAAAGUCUGUACGGUAACUUUUAGAUCUCAAGCACUGAGACAUUUCUACCUACAAAGUAGUUGCACAAAUCAGUAGAAGUAAAGUAGCAUUUUCCCUACCCUGACUGUUUUAUUUAUGUCAUUCACAACAUGCUGAACAACGUGUUGGUGUUUAUGCUUCACUUACCCAUCAUUCUCCACAUUUUUUGAAAACCUAGGGUCAAAUGGGACUUAAAGAAAAUCAGGGACCUGCUUUGAAUACCAGAAAUUACCAAAAUAAUGGAGUUUGUAAUAAUUUGUAAUAAAAGCAAGGGGACAAAUUGUCUGGUUCCAGACAAGCCAUUGAUUUCCACAGGAGACGUCUGCAUUUUUAUUUUAAAGCUGUAUUAUUCAAGAUAUUCAGACUAACAGUGUUAUAAAUAAUAGAGAAGAAUGCAAACAGAGUUGCACUUAGUGAUAAACUCACCAAAAAUAAUGAUCAAAAAAAGGUAACUAAAGAUCAGACUAACAGAAGUGGAUAAAUGUAGCUUUGUGGGGGACACAAAUGACAGAUAUGCACUUCUUACUAACAGCAUAUUUCAUUUCAAAGUAAUCAGCUGAUAGACUGUAGCCAUGUGAGUGAUUUUCCCUGUUUUUUGGAAGCCUAUUAUAUGAAUGCAGUAGAAAUCAGUUAAAGCUUUGACAUUUUUAAACACUGCCAGACAAUAACAAAGAACUUUAUACGACUUCAAAUGUAAAUCCAUUCAAAUUCACAUAUCCAAACCAUAAAUCCAUUUUCUUUCAAACCUUAAUCUCAUGUUUCUUGCAGCAGUAGUUGUAAUGGCUGUGUGUCACUGAGCCAGUCAGUUAAUGAGACUCCUGCAAGGCUCAACCCAACUGUAAGCACUACAGUUUGAUUAGAAGCCAAGGACGGUGAAGAUACUCUGUAGGGUGUGUAUUGCAGUAAGCCUCUGUCAUUAAUUCCUCUUUAAGAAUGCCAGCGAUUUGUGUCCAAAGCAUUACGAAGGGACCUUUUCUCCCAGACCUGACAUUCUCUCCACCUCAUCUCACUGAAGCCUGAACCAUUACUGGGUAAUGAGAGUGGAAAUUGGAAUCCCUCUGGCCUGUUUAGGACUGUUAUUGUUCUCCUUCGACUGGAUUUUAUUACACAGUGCCAAUAAUAAGCUCAUCCUCUAUGAUCAUCCUGCAUUUCCUUUUUGUUUAGUUCCUGCUUUGCUCUCCACCUUGGAAGUUUCAAAUGGGAUCAUGUUGAAGGUUCUUGCACAGUAUUUUUACCCAGUGUUUUUUUAGGUCUAUUGUGUUUUGCUUUAUCACCAAAUUAUACCCCGUGGAACCUAUCUGAUGCCCAAAAUAACCCAUAUAGAUGCUUGUUAUGAGGAUGGUGUUUAACUGAACUUAAAGGGAAGAUUUUAGCAAUGAAGGAAAGGGCAUAAAGUGAAAGUGUCAAAGGAAGAUAACAAAUACUUUUUUUGUCCUUUUCUGUUUUAAUCAGACCCCAAAACAUGGUUUAAGCUGAAGAAUAAAAUAAAGGCUUAAAAUGUUUGAUCUAUCAAGAUAUGGAUGUCAGGAACUGAAAAAUGAAUGAACAAAUUAGAGACAUCUCAACUAAACUCAAUAAGUGGUGUUGUCAUUGUACAGCACAAGAAGCAAUAAGUAUCUAAAAACGAGUUGUCACUCUAUGCAGAUGAUUUCUUAAUGAGAUGCAAUACUUCACUUUUUGAGUGAUUUCGAAAUUUGUUUCAAAACACUAUUUUUGGAAGAUUGAAAAGGUUUUCAGUUUCAAAACACACUUCAUAGUGACAGUAACUUGACUAAUAUGGCUGUUAUAGCUAUGCGUGGACAUAGUUUUCAUUCAAAAUGUUUAUUCAUCAAGCUGAGUUAACUGUUACAUUAAAAAGAAAAUGUUUGACAGUUGACUAUUGUUUGAAUCUGUAACAAAAUGCAUAGUACUGUCUAUUACGGGCUGAUAUUUCUUGAGCAUACACAGUAAUAAAAGCAGAACAAACGAUUUGCAUAACAAAAGCUUCUUUUUCCAAACAGUCGCUCACAGUAUCACCCACAGUUUGUAUAUAAACCUGUGCCAGUUGCUGUGAGGUCUGCAUGGUUCCUCCUUUUGUGUAUUUUCUAAUUGUUUAUCUAUUCAGUCCUGGUAGAUUUCCAGGUCCUGCUCCUCUAACCAAUGCUACUUUGUGAUUUUUUUUCCUUUAUGACUGUAACUCUGCCAUCAAAUUAGCAUGUUGCCCAUGACUCUAAAAAAUGCCUUCUACCCUUUUUUUUUUUACAGCUAAUAUUAAAUGUUAUGUAAAUGUUACAACAACUCAGUUGUUCUGCUUCUUUCAGUACACCCUCCAGGCUUAUAUAGGCAACUUGUUCGUUUCAUCAUCAUCUACGGCAUUGUUUAUGUUUCCUCCGAGUUGUGAUUUCUUUUUUUACUCCUUCAGUCCCACAGCUUUUCCAAAUACUGUCCAUUCAGAUUUUUCAUGUGUCUUUGGUUUCAUUACUCAAGAUAAAGCAGGAGAGUUUAAGGUGUUUAAAAUGUUUACAUUCAAGGGCUGUUUAUUGGCUGGAACAAUGACGUGAUUUUGUGUCUCUAACGUUGUCACAGGUUUGUAUGUUCAUGGUUAUUUAAGUGAUUGCUAACCCUGACAGAUAUACAGUAUGACACACUUGUGUACUUGUUGUAUUUUGCAGUUUACAAUAAUAUUUCAUGUUGACCUGCUGUCAUUCAGCAUUUCAUUUUAUUUUGUUCCCUGGCUUUUCGUGGUUAAUCUCCAGCCUGCCCUCCUUCUCAGUCCCAGACCUGUUGUUAUGGAACGACAUUGAAAACAAAUACAGAAGCCAACAUGAUACCAAAACUCCUCCAUCACUACGAACUUCAGAGAAAUGCAGACUCACAGUGCAGUGCAAGCAUUUCUGCAUCAGGGACCUGAUUUUCUUCAACUGAACCAGUCUAUAGUUGUCACCUCCCAUAACAUGUACUGUGCAUACCUAGUGCCUAGCAUAUACUAUAGUCUCCACAUACAUGUACUACGUAUAUUGUUUAUGUGUGUGGCUGUACAAAAGAUGCAAGCUCCUCACAAUAAAGACACCACUGUCAGUUAUAUCCCACUGCAAUACAUGUAAAAAGGAGAGCAAAUAAAAUGUAUUUGACUACAACAUGAUUCUACUGCUUUGUGUUUAGAGAGUUAAUGUGGGUGUUGGAAAAGCACAAACAGGUUACUGGUUAAUGAUUUUGCAUAUUAUUUAUAGACUUUAAACUUUCAGUGCAAUAAAGGCAUGUGAUGGUGAAUUCCC